GUCUCACAACGACCAGCGCGCCGUUCGUGCACGCUAACUGACGUGCGUCGCUACUACAUUCCGUUUGUGUAUCCGUUCAAAUUCGCUCCAAACGAGGAGUGUAGGUGAAGUGUGGUGAUGGUGUGUUUUUAGUUAUACAAUAGGAUUGUGUAUAUCUACAAAAUACCCGUUAGAGGUUCGUGGACUCUCCUCGGAGAAUUUGGUGUUCACCUAGCGAGGGAAGGUGAUCGCAUAUUCCGGAAGGAAUGAGCCCCGUAAACCACUACUUCCAUACUCACCGAUGAUCUCAAGAGAAAAUGUACAUAGGAACCUUGCCGCUUGUGGUUUGGACGCUAAUCGUCACAACAACCAAUGUAGCGACGCAAAGCCAGUAUGGAAUAGGUUUAGGAAUAAAAAGAGAAGUAUUUUUCUUAAAUUUAGAAGACGGUUACUUUGGCUGUCAAGUUAACGAAUCUACACAAUUAUUGCAAUUAUACGAAUUAUCCAAAUUAUGCGACGGUGUGCCAGAUUGUUAUAAGGCAUCCGAUGAAUUACGAACAGAUUUAAAAUGUUCAGAUGAUUGUACCAAAGAAGACGGUGCGCGUUGUAUAAAUGGAGCUUGUCUAAACGGAGUUUGUUACUGUAACGACGGGUUUGGUGGUUGUAACUGUCAAGAACCUGAUGUAAAUGAAUGCAAAGACAGACCAUGCGACGUAUUCGCUCACUGUACAAACACCGUAGGCAGCUUUCAGUGCUCAUGUUUCCCAGGUUAUGUAGGCGAUGGUUUCACUUGUAAAGAUAUCAACGAAUGUGAAGAUCCAGCCAUAGCAUCUAGGUGUGUGGAAAAUGCAGAAUGUUGCAAUCUUCCCGCACAUUUCAUAUGCAAGUGUAACCGAGGCUUCGAGGGCGACGGCGAAGAGGAAUGUCGAGAUAUUGAUGAAUGUAGAAGGCCUGGCGCUUGCGGUGCGAAUGCUGUAUGCCAAAACUACCCUGGAAACUAUACGUGUGCUUGUCAAGCGGGAUACACGGGAAAUCCAUUUGAUGGAUGUGUAGACGUGGACGAAUGUACGAACAAGGAUGCAUGUGGCGUUGGAGCAGUAUGUCGGAAUCUAGCGGGUGGCUACGAGUGCAGCUGUCUACCAGGACAUGAAGGAGAUCCACGUGUUGGUUGCCACGACCGCGACGCGUGCGCACGCAACCCGUGCGGACGCAACGCCCUGUGCGAAAACCUGCCCGGAAACCACCGCUGCCUCUGCCCAGACGGUUACCAAGGCGACCCCAACGUCCAGUGCGUCGACGUGGAUGAGUGUAAAAGUAGUGAAGCGGUAUGUGGAGCGCACGCUACUUGUACGAAUACGUUGGGUAGCUUCGUGUGCACCUGCCUGCCCGACUACACUGGAGACGCGCGCGUGUCGGAUGGCUGCCGAGAUGUUGACGAAUGCAAAAUAUUAGAACGCCCGUGUGGAUCGCACGCGAUAUGUGAAAAUGCUUCUCCUGGAUAUAACUGUAUUUGUCCUCAAGGAUAUAGAGCUAAGCCAGACGCUCAAGUUGCGUGUGAACAGAUCGAUGUAAAUACUCUGUGCAAAUCUAACUUCGAUUGUACAAAUAAUGCUGAAUGCAUAGAAGAUCAAUGUUUUUGCAAAAAUGGAUUUGAGCCAAAGGGAUCGAUUUGUACAGAUAUCGACGAGUGUGUAGACGGAUCGACAUGUGGAGAGAAUGCAGUUUGUAUUAACUCUAUAGGGAGCUUUUCUUGCCAAUGUGCAAGAGGAUUUAUCGGCUCUCCACCUCAAUUGAAAUGUCGCGCUCCAUGUGAAGAUAUCAAAUGUGGUGAACAUUCCUAUUGCAAGUCUGAUGGAAUCGAUGCUUAUUGUGUAUGUGACGAUGGCUGGAAUUUUGAUCCGAACGAUAUAUCUGCCGGUUGUGUGGAUAUUGAUGAGUGUGAUACUGCUAAUGGAGUACCUUCCCAUUGUGGUAGUAAUGCAGCCUGCUCUAACACUUUGGGAAGUUUCGUAUGCCACUGUCCGGAAGGAUUUACUGGUGAUGCAUUUAAAAAUUGCUUUGACAUAGAUGAAUGUGAAACAGAUGGAGCUUGUGGUUCUGGAGCAGAAUGUUUAAACGAAAAAGGGUCAUAUAACUGUGUCUGUCCUGAGGGAACGAUCGCAGAUCCUGAUCCUCGUGUAAAAUGUUCAGAAAUUCUUACAUGCAAUAAUAAUGAUGAUUGUCCCGGAAAUGGCCUAUGUGAUGGAAACAAGAAAUGCGUCUGUCCCGAACCCAAUGUUGGAAAUGAAUGUCGUCAUCCAUGUGAAGCUUUGCAUUGUGGAAGCAAUUCAGAGUGCCUUUUAAAUGAACAAACAGCGCAAUGCACUUGCCGUAACGGAUUUACAGGUGACCCUACAUCGCCCAGUGGUUGUUUGGAUAUAAAUGAAUGUGAAACAAAUCCUUGUGCCAACGGAGCUGUUUGUAAAAAUUUACCAGGCCACUUCCAAUGCGAAUGCCCAAGUCAGUUCAAAGGAGAUCCAUACAUAGAAGGUUGUUUUGUAAGCAAGCAAACCACUGAAUGCAGUUCUACGAAUCCGUGUCCUCAGGGAGAACAAUGCGUGCUACAUGAUAAUGAGAAUGUAUGCAUUUGUAGCCAAGGAUUUAUGCGAAAUUUAGAAACUGGCGUAUGUGAAGAUAUUAAUGAAUGUACCCAGCAUGGACGAAUACCUUGUGGAUUAAAUGCUAUUUGUAAAAAUUUACCAGGCAGCUAUGAAUGUAAAUGUCCACCUGAAUAUAGCGGUAAUCCAUAUAAUUUGUGUGAAUAUUGUACCGAUAUCUCAUGUCAAUGUCAACCACCAUACAAGAUUGUUGAUGGCAAUUGUGUUCUGUCCGGAUGCACGAAAGAUAAGAAAUGUGGAAAAGGAGCUGAAUGUAUUGUAAUAUCAGAAACUGUUAGUUAUUGCGCUUGUCCUGCUGGAUUUGUGCAAACUGCUGCUGGUGCUUGUGAAGAUAUAAAUGAAUGUACUUUAGAUCAACCAGCUUGUGGAUUUGGCGCCGAAUGCGUUAAUACAGUGGGCUCUUUCAUAUGUAAAUGCCCUCCUGGAUAUGGAACAGAUCCCGUUUCAGGACAUUGUAGUUUGAAUCAGAAACGAUGUAUCAGUGAUAGCGAUUGCUUUGCUAAUGAAAAAUGUGUUCAACCUGGGAACUGUGUGUGCCCACCACCAUUUUAUCUAGACAUUACCGAUGGACAAAAAUGUAAAAGCCCUUGCGAGAGGUUCAUAUGUGGUAUAAAUGCUAAAUGUACUCCAAGUGAUCCACCUAGAUGUAUGUGUAUGCCUGGCUUUGAAGGAGACCCGUAUACAGGUUGUACGAAUAGGAAUGAGUGUCAUAGUGCUCCAUGUGCAUAUGGUGCAAUUUGUAAUGAUGAGCAAGGUGGUUAUAAAUGUAUUUGUCCACAAUCUAUGGUUGGAGAUCCAUACAAAACUGGAUGUUUCGCUCAGGACGAACCUUCGCAAAAGUUACUGUGCAGCAAAAAUAAUCAGUGUCCAAAUAAUCAAGCUUGCCUUAAUCGUACUUGUGUCUCACCUUGCCUAAGUGUAUCAUGUGGGCCAAAUGCUUUUUGUGAAGUAGAAAAUCAUGCAGCUUGGUGUCGCUGCAAUCCGGGAUAUACCAAACCGGAAGGUGGAAAAUGUAUUUCUGGUUGUGAUAACUACUCGUGUGCAUCUGGGGCACAUUGUAUAAUCUCUAAAACUGGCCCAACGUGUGUGUGUCCGGAGGGCAUGGUGGGGAACCCAUUUCCCGGAGGGGUUUGUAGAAGAGACUUAUGCGGAGCUGGCAUGCCUUGUGAAGAACCCAUGUCCUGUGUUGCGGGUAGAUGUCGUCAGCGUUGCGAAGAUGUGGUCUGUGGCAUAGGCGCAAGCUGCAACGAAGAAACUGGGAGAUGUGUUUGUAACGCAUUCUUUGUUGGAAAUCCUGACCUACUGUGUAUGCCUCCUGUUGCACCGCCUACUUGUGAACCUGGAUGUGCCAAUAAUGCACAUUGUGUUUAUGGUCAAACAAACGUUUGCAAAUGUGAUAAAGGUUACACUGGUAAUCCGUAUAAGAAUUGUCUUCCACGAAGACAGAUUACUUGUGCCAAAGCCUCAUGUGGAGUGAAUGCAGUUUGUCAACAGACUCGAUCACAUGUGGAAUGUCUUUGCCCGCCUGGAUAUAUUGGCAAUCCAAAUUUACAAUGUAUUGAUAUAGACGAAUGUAACUCGAGGCCUUGUGGUGAAAACGCAAUUUGUAUUAAUACACCCGGAAGUUUUAGUUGUAUUUGCAAAAGUCGAUUUAUCGGCAAUCCAUACGAGUUGUGCACACAAGUAUCUAUUUCGAAAUGCAUUGAUGGUACUGUCUGUACUUGUUCCCAUAAUAAUACGUGUCCAGAAGGAUAUUUUUGUGAAAAAUCGAAAUGUAUUGACGCUUGUCGUUCUAUGAUGUGUGGACCUAAAACAAUAUGCGCAGAAGGAAAAUGUGAAUGUCUUCCAGGCCAUGUCGGAGAGCCUAAUGAUCUACUAAAAGGUUGCAGCAUUGAUAAAAAUUGUUUAACUGAUGGGGAUUGCAGAGAUACUGAAAUAUGUUUCCAAAUAGGCAAAGAUACAAGGAGAUGUUUAGAUGCUUGCAGUAAAUUGCAGUGUGGUCCUAAUUCCAUUUGCGUCAGUUCUAAUCAUCACGCCCAUUGUAUAUGUGCAGAGGGUUUUAUUGGAAAGCCUAAUGACGUUAAAAUUGGUUGCCAGCUGCAACAACCUGAACCCAAUGAGGUGGAAUGUAAUGUAGAUAGUGAUUGUGCAGAGCCACAGAUUUGUGUAUCAGUGGAUGGAUCAACUAAAAGAUGUCUUGAUUUGUGUUCGACUAUCAUUUGUAGUCCUAAUGAAAUAUGCAAAGUUGUAGAUAAUAGUGCUCGAUGCGAUUGCAAGGACGGCUAUUUAUGGAAUCCUUUAAGUUCAAUUUGUGAACAGCCAACAACAUCAGACUGUAAGAGUAACUUAGAUUGUGACAGUGAUAAAUCUUGUCAAAAAGAUAUACUAGGCGUUCAAAAAUGUUUGGAUAAUUGUAAAACAUUUACAUGCCCCCAGAACUCAAAAUGUAUAACAAAGGAUCAUAAAAGUCAAUGCGAAUGCUUAAAAGGUUUUGUUGGAAAUCCCAAUGAUCGAGAUGGAUGUGCACCUAUAGAUGAAAAUCAAUGUUCAAAUGAUGCUCAAUGUAGGGAAAGCGAAGUUUGUAGAAAUAUUGGCAAUUUAAAAAAAUGUGUGCCAGCUUGUAACCAAGUAGUUUGCGGACCCAAUGCUUUGUGCGUUACUAAUAACCAUGUGGCACAGUGUCAGUGUCCCGUUGGGCCUUAUACUGGGGAUCCUAAUGACUUAGCCACUGGAUGUAAAUUAGUUCCAUGUGUAUACAAUAUAGAUUGCAUGCCACAUCAAUUAUGCAAUCGAAUGACUCAUACAUGCAUUGACGUUUGUCGAGACGAUUCCUGUGGUGAUAACGCAGUAUGUGUUCCUGAAAAUCAUAAAUUUACAUGUCGGUGUCCUGUUGGAUUCCAGCCGGAUCCGAUUGCAGAAGUUAAUUGUAAAAGAGUUGAUAUAUGCAAACCUAAUCCUUGUCACCCAACUGCUUUAUGUGAGCCCUCAGGCAGAUCGUUUAUUUGUAAAUGCCCUGAAGGUUUAGUAGGAGACCCGAAGGAAGAAGGAUGUAGAACACGGAGUGAAUGUCUGAAUGGGGACAAUGACUGUCCAGCGGAUACUGUUUGUGUCAGUGGCCAAUGUACUAAUCCAUGUCAAAAUGCUUGUGGCACUAAUUCUUUGUGUAGAAUUGUUAAUAGAAAGGCUGUAUGUCUAUGUUCCGAAGGCUAUGAAUUAAUAAAAGGAAUAAAUGCAUGUAAGAAGAAGUUAGUGAAAUGUGUCAGUGACAAUGACUGUGCAGGAGAUAUUUGUUAUAACCAACAAUGUUUUGCAGCUUGUAAAAAUUCUACUCAAUGUGACCAUGGAGACAUUUGUAUUAAAAAUUUAUGCACAAAACAAUGUUCCAAACAUACCCAAUGCAGUAUUGGAGAGGCAUGCAUUGGAAGUCAAUGCUUAAUAGGCUGCCGAAAUAACGAAGAUUGUCCAACCGAAGAAGCUUGUGUAAAUAACAAAUGUACAAAUCCUUGCAUUGGUACAAAAAUUUGUGGUCCUAAUGCUAUUUGUUCUAGAAAUCAGCAUGAAACUAUAUGUGAGUGCCCCCUUGGAUUCGAGGGAACACCCACGGCUCAACAAGGGUGUGUUCGAAAACCAAGUUCAUGUUCAAAAACUUUGGAUUGUCCACCAGAUCACAUGUGCAUUGCUCAUUUAUGUCAAGUGCCAUGCCAAGUCAAUUCUGACUGUGCAAUAGGAGAAACUUGUAAUGAUAACAAAUGUCACAAAAUUUGUCAUUCCAGUAGCAAUUGUUUACACGGUGAACACUGUAGCUCUGGAUUAUGUAUUGUUGGCUGUAAAAGUAAUUCUGACUGCUUGAAUAAUCAAAUGUGUAGAGAAACAAAAUGUCAAUGUUUACCUGGCUUUGAAAUGACACAGGAUGAAUGCAUAAAUAUUAAUGAAUGUAUGAAAAAUCCAUGUCACCCAACAGCACAAUGUAUAGAUGCUAUUGGAUCUUUUAAAUGUGUUUGUCCCAGUGGGGCCAUAGGAGAUCCAUACAAAACUGGUUGUUUGAUGCCAAAUCAAUGUAGACGUGAUAAUCAGUGUGAGGAUUCACUUGUGUGCUUACGUGGAAAAUGUACAAAUCCUUGUGAAAAAGAUGAUCCGUGUGGGACGAAUGCUCUUUGUGUUGUUAAAAAACACAAAGUUACUUGUUCAUGCGAGAAAGGUCACAUAGGAAAUCCGUUUGACAAAAAAGUCGGAUGUUUCAAAGUCGAAUGUAUUGAGGAUUCUGAAUGUCCAAACGAUAAGUUCUGUCGUCAGGAUACUAAUAAAUGUUCUGACCAAUGCGAUGAAACUGUCUGUCAAGGUGGAAAUUGUAAAAUCAUAAACCAUCGUGCAUCAUGCAUGUGUUCACCUGGAUUCGAACUUAUAAGUAAUAGAUGUGAUGAUAUCAACGAAUGCCUAUUACACCCAUGCCCAUUAAAUUCAGUUUGUGAAAAUACACCUGGAUCAUUUAUUUGCAAUUGUGUGAAUGGAACAAUACACGAUAUAAGUACCAAUCAUUGCAAACGGCCAGGAGACUGUUUUUCUGAUGAUGACUGUUCUGAAAUAACAAAAUGUAUAGAAAAUCAAUGUGUUAAUCCCUGUGAUAAAUCACCUUGUGCUGCAAAUACAGAUUGCUAUGUGUCCAAGCACGAACCAGUUUGCGAAUGUCAAUCGGGAAGUCACGGUGAUCCAUACAAAGGAUGCGUUAAAUUUGAAUGUAUAAAGGAUUCUGAUUGUCCAUCUGAAGAAGCUUGUGUUAAUAAUAAAUGCAGAAAUUCAUGCAACAUCCCACGCGCGUGUGGAAGAAACGCUAAUUGUUUAUCUAGAAAUCAUAUUGGUCAUUGUUACUGUGCUUCUGGAUUUACGGGUGAUCCUGUAUUAGGAUGUGUACCAGUUCAAUACUGUAGUGAUGAUAGUAGAUGUUCUUCUGGAACUAAAUGUAUCGACAAUUUAUGUCUUGGUGUCUGCAAAAAUUCACGAGACUGCUUAAAUGACCAAAUCUGUAUUAAAGAUACUUGCAGACUAAUGUGCACUUCAAAUAAUACGUGUCCCGAAUCUUAUUAUUGUUCAAAUAGAAUAUGUAUCAAAGAAAUAGAAUGUUCAAGUAACGAAGAUUGUGCUGAUGAUGAACAGUGUACUGAAGAUAAAAAUGGAAAACCUCAAUGUAUUAAACUUUGUAAAAAUCAACCAUGCGGAAGAAAUGCUAUUUGUACUGCUGCUUCUCACAAAACAACUUGCUCUUGUAGAGAAGGAUUUUUCGGUGAUGCGGUUCAAGGAUGUAAAAAGAUAGAAUGUAAUACAGAUAAUGACUGCUCUAACGACAAAUUUUGUGAUAAGAAUAUGUGUAAAAUUGCAUGCUUAGCGCGAAACCACUGUGGACAAGAUACAAUAUGCUCAUCUGAAAAUCACCAAGCUGUUUGUUACUGUCAACCCGGUUAUACGGGCGACCCAUCAAAAAGCUGUAAAAAAAUCAACUACUGUGAAUCAAAUCCUUGUAGCGAUGGAGCAGAGUGUAAAAAUUCAAGAAGCGGUGCUCUUUGCUCUUGUCCUGAAGGCACAGUAGGAGAUCCUUAUAAAAAAGGAUGUCAAAAAGGAUCGGAAUGUCGUUUUAAUAGAGAUUGUCCAACAGUUGCACGCUGCACAAUAACCGAUGGUAUAAGGAAAUGCACAGAUGCCUGUGAUAACGUGAAAUGUGGGCUGAAUACGGAUUGUGUAGCUGCUAGACACACGGGACAGUGUAAAUGUAAGCCAGGUUUUAUCGGUAAUCCAGCUAGUGAAAAAGGUUGCCGACCCCAAGAAAUCACUUGUACUAAAAAAGAAGAUUGUUCCGAAAACCAAUACUGCCACAAUCAAAUUUGCAAAGGUCUAUGUAUCCAAGAUGAAGAGUGUGGAUCUGCAGAAAAGUGUGUGAAUGGACAAUGUUUAGAUUUAUGUAAAAUGGAAAAGACUUGUGGCUUAAAUGCAAUUUGUCGUACUGAAAAUCACAUCGUUCAAUGUAGUUGCCCAUACAGAUUUACAGGAAAUCAAGACGUUGAAUGUGUCAGAAUUCCAAGGCUGUGUGGUGGCUCUGGAGAAUGUGAAGAUAAUCAUGUAUGUCAGGACUCCAUGUGCCUACCAAACUGUAACAAUGACGAGGACUGUGCUCAAAACGAACGAUGUUCUAAAGGAGCUUGUUUGUUAACUUGCCGUGUGGAUAACGAUUGUUUCCUUGGGCACAUAUGUUUAGGAAAUAGUUGCCACUAUGGUUGUCGGCACGAUGACGAUUGCGGACCUGAUGAAUUCUGUAGAAAUAAUUAUUGCCGAAACCCGUGUGCGGAAACCGUUAAUCCUUGUGGACCGAACGCCCUGUGUACUGUAGUAGAUCGAAAAGCAUCUUGUUCUUGCUUCGACGGCCUGAUUCCGAAUCCGACUCCAAACGUCGGCUGCGUAAGGGCGCCAUCACCUACUUGCACAAUGCAUACCGACUGUGCGUCUGGAUGGAGAUGUGAGGACGAUCGGUGUAGACCUGCCUGUACUCCUGAUGGGGCCGACUGUCUACAGGGAGAACGUUGUGAUCUAGGCGUAUGCCGGUUCGCUUGUAACUCUGAUGAGCACUGUUCCGAUGGUGAAAUAUGUGACGGCCGAUUCUGUGUUACUGGUUGCAAAUCCAACUCGCAUUGUUCGACUGAUAAAGCGUGUAUAUCUGGACAAUGUGUUAAUCCAUGCACACAACCGGCUUCGUGUGGAGCCAAUGCACUAUGUUUAACGAAAGACCAUGAACCAGUCUGCAGUUGUCCCAAUUCUUUAGCGGGUGACCCGAAAGUAGCUUGUCGUAGAAUAUCUGUACCUUGUAAUAAGGAUAAAACUUGCUCUGAAGGCUUCAAUUGCUAUGGAGACACAUGUUAUCCCUCCUGUAGAAGUGAUGGCGUUUGCAUGUCUAAUGAAAAAUGUAUACGCGGCAUUUGUAGAGUUGUAUGCAAUAGUGAUGAUGUAUGUAAUGAGGGUCAUAUUUGUGAAAAUAGAAUUUGUAAACAGGGAUGUCGCCAUGAUAACGCUUGCAGUGAUGAUCAUUCUUGUAUUAAUGGACAAUGUAAAGACCCGUGUAAAGAAAACAAUAGUUGUGGUAUUUGUGCAGAUUGCAAAGUAAUUAACCACAGAGCUACAUGUAGUUGUUCCAGUAAUUACACUGGUAAUCCUUUGGUAGAAUGUAAGAGAAAGCAAUUGCAAUGCGAUGGAUUCUGCCCAUGCGAUGAUAGUGGCUAUUGUAUAGCUUUAUGUGACAACAAUUCUGAUUGCGAUUGUGGUGAAAAAUGUUACAACGGAGGUUGUAGAGUCAUGUGCUCGGCUCGAAAUAAAUGCCCGCAAAGGCAAAUCUGUUCUCAAGAAGUUUGUUUGCCAGGGUGUAACAGUAACAGAGAUUGUGGCGAAGAUAUGAUAUGCUCCUCAAAACAAUGUGUUCCUGUUUGUCGGGAAAAUUCUUGCGGAAAAAAUGCUGUGUGCAUAUCAACUCGACACCGCCCUGUGUGCAGUUGUCCAAGUGGAUAUUCUGGUGAUCCUAUUAAAGAAUGUAAAUCCUACGAAUGUUCUAAUAAUGAUGACUGUGCUUUAGACGAGGAGUGCAAUACAGAGGGUAAAUGUAGAAAUGUUUGUUUAAACGCAUGUGGAAUAAAUGCAAUAUGCAGAUCUGUAAACAGAAGCCCACAAUGUUCUUGCCCUCCGAAUUUCAUUGGUAAUCCGAAACAGGAAUGUUCGAAACCUACAUCAGGAUCCUGUUCAAGAAAUCCAUGUGGAGUAAACGCUCGUUGUAGAGAUAUGGAUGAUGGUAAUUAUGAGUGUACUUGCCCUCCUGGAUGUGCAGGCAAUCCUCAGCACCAAUGUUUCUGUGGAACUAUGGCGCCGUGCGCUAACAAAGUGUGUGGUACAAAUGCACAAUGUAGAAUUGGCCAAAAUAGGGAAACCCAAUGUUAUUGCCCUCGGAACUAUCCAAACGGAGAUCCAAAUAUUGAAUGUACCCAAGAACGUAGCGUUGUUGAUUGUCGAACAACUGGGUGUGGUACUAAUGGCGAAUGCCUAAGAGAAGGUGCUGAGUUUGUUUGUCGUUGUGUUCCCGGCACGGAAGGUCAAGCUGAUAUUGAAUGUCAUACUAGUAUCGAAUGCACGAGCGACAAGGACUGCCCCGUGGACAAGGCGUGCUUGAGCCUGCACUGCGUGGACCCGUGCACGGUGCGCGGCGUGUGCGGCGAGGACGCGUUGUGUGCCUCCGUGCUGCACCGCGCGCACUGCUCGUGCCCGCAGUGCUACGUGGGCGACCCCAGACAGGCCUGUCGGCUGGACCCCACUUGCAAACCGUCCACUGAUUUCAAUAACACUUUCACGUGCUCCGAAACUAAACCAUGUCCACCUAAAUUAGCAUGCGAUCUCGAUACAAAUAUAUGUAGAAAUCCGUGCCUGGACUAUCAUAGCUGCCGACCGAAUCAAAAGUGUGAAGUUCGCAAUCAUCAACCGGUGUGCGUUUGUCGAAAUGGUUUCGCAUUGAACGAAAGAGGCGAAUUGACUUGUGCUCCCGAACACGCAGAGUGUACUAGGGAUGAACAGUGCCCAUCGAAUGCGGUCUGUAGAGAAACGAAAUGCAUGAAUCCAUGUUUAGCAGCACGAGAACCUAUGUGUCCCAAAGGAAAACAAUGUGAAGUAGUGGAGCAUCGCGUCAUGUGCGUGUGCCUCAAAGAUUGUCACGCGACAGUAUCUAUUUGUUUAAGAGACAAUGGAUGUCCACAAAAUUUAGCCUGCCGAGAUUUUCAAUGUAAAGAUCCAUGCAAAGAUGCAUGCGGUGAUGCUCCUUGUUCAGUGGAAGAUCAUCACCCAGUUUGCAAGUUUUGCCCGUAUGGAUUCAUACAUGAUGAAAAACACGGCUGCAUUAAAGCUUUAGGAUGCAGUGCGCAUGAGCAAUGCGCGUCCGGGCAAGCUUGUAUCGAGGGCCGGUGCUCGGACCCGUGCGCCCGGGGCGGCCCGUGCGCGGCCGGACAUCACUGCGCGGUUGUUGAUCAUCAACCUGUUUGUUCCAAAGUGUGCCAGUGUCAAACCUCAUCUGACUGCGCGAGAUAUCCAAAUACGAAAUGUGAUGGCUGCAUCUGUAUUCGUGAAGAUAAAGUAUCCACAAAUUGUGCUCAUUGCCGACCAGGUGUACCAUGUGAUCCCUUCUCCGGCGCCUGUAUGGAGAAUGCUCGGCCUUUACAUGUCCCACUAACCGAAACAAACGCCGAUACUACAACAAUACAGUACACGAUAUCUGAAUUGAAUACUAACAAUUAUGACUCGACUAUAAUGACUACUAAUACUAUAACCGAUAAUGUUAAUACACAAGCAACCGAUACUUUAAUAAAUAAAGUGGAUUCAACAAUUAUUCCUUUACAAAUGAAUUCGAUUGUAACAGAAUCAAAUGUCGAUAUUGAAGAAAUAACGUCUUCUUCUACACUGGUAACAGAUAGCUUUACAAUAAGUACAUAUUCUACAGAUCAAACACGUGAAAUUACUAGUGAAGGUAUAGAUACAAACACUCAAAAAGUUAUAAAUGUUGAAAAUAAGAAAGAAGUCACCCCCAUUGUAUUUGAAAGCCAAGAACCAAUAAAGAUUGAUAACACCACGUAUUCUGAACAAUCAACUUCGAGUACUAAUAAACCAUACUUAAAGCGCAAUGAAACAAGCGGUACUCAUAAGAGAAUCAAUGAAAUUGUAAAUACAAAGAAUCAGGAGAAUAGACGAAACUUACAAAAUUCUUUUGAAGAGCAUACAAAUCUUAAUAAAACUUCGUAUCAGAAUACAACUAGCCCAUCUAUUGCUUCAAGUUCGGUCAAUUCAACUGCUACUACUAUAAAUUUCAUGUCAACUAUUACACCCCUGAAUAAUCUCAAAACAAAUUUUAAUGAUUCUAAUAUAGGAACUACGGUGUCACACGAAAGAGGUGACCAAGCUAUUGAUAUGCUAGAAACAACAACAGAAGAAUAUUCACCACAAGAUUUAUUAAGCACUACUGAAUCUGUAGGUAGCUUCAUAACUGGUCGUCAGAAUUUGAAUGAACCUAAUUCCGAACAAAAGACUACUACAAUCCAUACUCAUAUGACUGUUAAUGCCAUAAAUUCUUAUCAGACGACUGGUAAUGCUGAUCAAGGAGACAUUAGUUUUUCUCUCGAUACGACCACGGAAUCUGUAACUAGUGAUAUUACCUUACCUUCUACCAACUACAUUGACUAUGGUUAUAAAACAACUGAAAAAACUUCAGAAACUUAUACAGAAAGUAAAAUAAGUACAUUGAGUAACGAAUUAACUUUUACCACUGAAUUUGAAACUACCACCGGUAAUCCAGAAGAUCAUACUACUUUAUACCCAACAGCAACAAAUAAAUAUGUAACAGGCAAAGAUAUUCAGAAUACUAUAAACGAUGAUUCCAUAAGUGGUAAGACAACUAUUAAUCCAGAAAUUAAUAAAAUAACCAAUGAAAUUAAAGACGUUACAACAGGAGAUUUAACAAAUUUGAAUGAGUUUAGUACAGUGACAGAAUCCUUUACAGAAAAAGUAAAAUCUACAAAAACCUAUUCUUCAAAUUUAAGUAAUAAGUUACAUGGUAUGUCUCCGUUUAACCAAGUAACCGACAUGUAUAAUGAAAAUAAUGGUCUAAUGACUUCUACAAUGCAAUCCAAUGUAAUCGACUUAUCCACAUCAACUUCCAUUCAGGAUAAAGAAAGUGAAUUCAGUACAUUUGCCAUAAAAAGUAAGGAUGUAACAAACCCAUUAACAGAAAAUACUAGUAAAAUGAGUACAGAACCCAAUACAAUAAUAUAUAGUACCAAAAAAAAUGUCGCAGUGAAUACUAUAUACUCCGAGGGACACUCUGAUAUGAUUUCUACCACCGCUAAUUACAACACAGGUGAUACUUUUAUCACUUCAUCACAAGGUUUAUCUACUGAACAAGAAGGGCUGUAUAAAAAUACAGUUACAACAACUGUAAAUACAAUAAGUGAUAGCCAGACUACUGAUGUUAUUACUAGCAAUAAAGAUGAAAUCAGAAAUUUAUCACAAGUUACAGAGAUAAUAGCUGAAUUAAAUGAUACAUUGGACUACACAACAGGCAACUUUGACCUUCAUCUAAAAUCUUCAACUUUGGAUUAUCAAAACACUGAGCUUCCAACAACCACCUUUGAUAAUAUAAUCGAAAGUGUCUCCAAAUACACAACUAAUUAUGAGGGUGAUAUUACAGAUUCUGAAUCAAUGUCUACGCAAUCAACUACUGAGCUAGAAAAUGAAAAGAAGACUACAGUAUAUUCUAGCAUAAACAUUGAAACAAUAAAUAGCGAUAGUAAAUAUCACGCAGAGCCUACAGAUGCAUCUAGUCAAAUUACCAGUAUUCCAAAAUAUAGACCUGAUGAAAAUGAGUAUGAUCGAACGACAAAACGUAGUGAGAUUAACCAGGAACCUGUCUCAAUUCCGAUAUUUAUGAAUGCGGUAACACAGAGUGAUUUGUAUGAAAAGGUUAGUACAGAUUAUAUUGAUUCGAAUACUUCAACAACAUUCUCUGAAACUAUUAUGCAUGAUUCUCUAGAUAAUCUAGGGACUACUCCGGCUUAUGUUUCUUUGGAUACUACUGAGCCUGGUAAGAACUAUGAUACGGCAAAUAUCAAUUUAACCGACUCAACACUGUCGAUUGAUAUGAUUUCAACAGUUGAUAAUUCAGGGAACUCUGGCUCCACAUCUUUCACUAUAUCAACAAUAAAAAAUGAGACGGACUUUACGACGGAAGAUUCAACUACAAACAAGUACAGUGCAAAUACAGAAAUUAACAUACACCAAUCUACAGAAAUUCCUCCAGUAGAUACGAGUAAUAUAAACAACAAUAAUAACGAAUUAGGAACUACAAGUGAUAUAACUCAAUAUGGAAAUGAGAUAGAUAUUCAAACAACUUCAAAUAUAUUAGAAAGUAGUGCCACAAUAUCUACUAACAAUAUUUUUAAUACAGCUUCUACAAAUGAUGCUGAUACUUAUGAUAAAGGCACCACGGAACAAGUUCAAACUGACAUCACAACUGAGAAAUAUACAAUAACUACACAAAUUGACAAGGAUUCAAUACUUACUUCCUCUAGCAGCAAUUUAGGUGAUUUAAACACUGAGUCCACUUUGGGAACUGCUUUUGAUCAUACUUCUUAUGAUACUACGAACUUAGAAGCAACUGCUACAACUGAGAAUGAAAAUGAAAAAUUGUCAACGGUAGACUUGAUUGAUAUCGAUACUAAAGGAAAUAUGUCAGAAGUAACACAUGAGGGAGAUUUGCAUAAAACCACACCUACAGAUAUAAAUAAGCCAAAUAAUUUAGAUAUCGAAGAUACACAUUCUACUGUUGCCAUUAAUGAAGAUCAAUUUAUACAUUCAGAUUAUAGAACAACUGAAAAUGUUAAAAUAGAAGAUGAGGCAAGUUCUACAGAAGGACUAAUUAGAUCAACUACUAGGGAAGAAACGAUAACGGAGAUAACUUACGAUUUUGAAUCAACACAUAUUGAAGAAUAUAAAGAAACAACUCAAUCUUCUCAGACUGAAAACCCUAUGAAAAAUUCAGAACAAGUAACAGAUCCAUCAACACCAGCUACUACUAGAAGCACGUUCUUUACAACGGAAUAUUCUACUCAAAAUAUAUAUUAUACUCAAUCUACGGAUCACUCUAUAAAAAAUGAUAAGGAUACUACCGAAACUACUACAAUGCCAUUACAAUCGAUAAAUGAUAACAAUUUAAUAUCCUCUACAAUAUUGAGUACGAUAGAAUCAUACACUCAAUUAGACAGUGCAAAUGAUCGCACUAGCCCUACGGAAACAACUACACUAACUCCACCUAAUUUAAAUUCCAUUACUGUGAAUGAUGAAGAUUUUACUUCGAGUACAAUACCCGAUUAUUUUAUAACUACAAUUUCUACCAAUUAUGAUUACUCAAGAACGGAACUUAAUAUUGAUAAAACAACAGAUUCCUCGACUAAACUGCAAAGUAAAGAUAAAUAUCCUUCCACUGUACCUGCAACUUUUAAUUCUUUCUCGGACAAUUUGUCUUCUCGACAGAAAGAUUCCGAUAUUUCUGCUUGGACUGACAUGACUGUAUCAACUGAAUCAACUUCAACUGAAAUUAAUACUAACACUGACAUUUUGACCCCAAAAACACACUGUACAACAGACGACGACUGUGACUUAAGCCAAAAUUGUAGCCAUGGAGUUUGUCAAAAUCCGUGCGAGGUGCAGAAUCCGUGUACAAAGAACUCGACCUGUAAGGUUUACAGCCAUGUCGCAGUUUGUGAAUGCGAUGAUCCGGCCGGGAACAACUGUGCAAGAGAAUCACCUGGGACUCCAAAGGCACCAGAACCUUGUCAUUCUGACCGGGACUGUAUAGAAACUGAAGCUUGUUUUAUGGGACUGUGUCAAAACCCAUGUGAAUUUGACAAUGUUUGUGGCAUUGGAGCUAAUUGUCAACCCGUAAAACAAAGGCCCAUGUGUUCAUGUCCAGCCGGACAUGAGGGAGAUCCUGCUGUUAAAUGUUCACCUAAAAUAUCUGGUUGCACUCGAAAUGAAGAAUGUCACUUGACGGAAGCUUGUAUAAAUAAUGCAUGUCAACACCCGUGUGCCAUACAUAACCCGUGUGCACCUAAUGCAGUUUGUAUAAACACCAAUCAUGGAUCAGAUUGCAGCUGUGUUGAAGGAUACCAGGGAAAUGGAUACGUCGGGUGUGUGCCAGUCGUUGAAUCCCAUUCAGUAUGUCAGUAUAAUGAAGAUUGUCCGCCCGAACUGCUAUGUGACAGAUUGAAUCGAGUAUGUAUUAACCCGUGCGCUGUUGAUACUUGUGGUGAAAAUGCCGAAUGUUACCCUGUGAACCACGGUAUUCAGUGUAAAUGUCUAGCUGGAUUUACGGGAAAUCCUUUCCUCGACUGCUACCAAGUACAAGGGUGCCGAUCAGAUAACGAAUGCGCAAAUACAGAAGCAUGUAUAAAUGGUAAAUGUGACUCUCCCUGCAGAUGUGGUAUAAACGCAAUUUGUGACGUUAUCAAUCAUCGUGCUUCUUGUAAAUGCUUGACUGGUUUUACUGGCAAUCCUAUGAUUGGUUGUGAGCCCCCAGCAAAUCCCUGUUCACCUAACCCGUGUGGUGUAAAUGCAUUCUGCGAAAACGAUAAUGGAAAUCCAAUAUGUUUCUGCCCUAAAGGUCUUACUGGAAAUCCAUUCAAAAAUUGCAUUCCUGAGGGCAAUGAAUGUGAACCCAAUCCAUGUGGACCGAAUACAGGAUGUAGAGUAAUAGAUGACAAACCAGCUUGUUUCUGUUUACCAAAUUAUGAAGGCAACCCACCUAGGCAACCUUGCCAGUUACCGAAUAACCCAUGUAAUCCUUCUCCAUGUGGGCCUAAUACGCAAUGCACAGUUUUGUCUAAUGGUUUUUCGAAGUGUACCUGUUUACCAGGUUACGUAGAAAGUCCGAAUACUGUCAGAGGAUGCAUCGAAGCACGAAAUCCGUGUGAACCUAACACGUGCGGCAUUGGAGCUCGUUGUGAUCCUAAUAGAACUCCUGCUUGUUAUUGUCCUGAAAAUACUAUUGGCAAUCCUUAUAAAUCUUGCAACCAUCAAUUUUACUUACCACCGGAAGUAUUAUGUAAGCCAGGCAAAUGUGGAACUAAUGCAGAUUGUUACGUCAGCAGUAACACUGAAAUGUGCUUCUGUCGUGCUGGAUUUAUAGGUGAUCCUUAUAUAGGCUGUCAGCCUCAAAAGAGUCCAUGUAGUCCAAAUCCUUGUGGUCCUCAAGCCAUAUGUAACGUUAACUAUGAAGGUCAGGUAUCAUGCAUUUGUCCAGAGGGUAGUACUGGAGACCCAUAUAGUUUAAACGGGUGCUUGUCACGUGAAUGUGAAAUAGAUGAUGAAUGUCCAAUAAAUAGAGCCUGUAUCGGAUAUACUUGCCGUGAUCCUUGUCCUGGCGUAUGUGGCCUGAAUGCAAAAUGUCAUGUUGAAUCUCAUCACCCUGUAUGCGUAUGUGAAGAUGGCUAUGAAGGCAAUCCACUUCUUUGCUGCUUACUACCAGAAAGUCAGAAAUCAAAUAGCCCGUGCUCUAAAACGAAAUGCGGAACAAAUGCCAUGUGUCAAGAUGUUGGGAACAAAGCAGUUUGCUCAUGCCCACCAGACUUCCAAGGUGACCCAUUGACAGAAUGUAAACCAGAAUGCAUAAUGAAUUCCGAUUGUUUGUCCAGCGAAUCUUGUAUUAAUAGUAAAUGUGUGGAUCCAUGUGCAACGAAAAACGUUUGUGGAAUUAACGCCGUUUGUUUGUGUUCUGACCACACAGUAUCAUGCCUAUGCCCAGAUGGCUAUAUAGGAGAUCCAUUGAUCCAGUGCAUAUAUCGACCUAUAGUAAUAACGCCGGAUAAUUCCACAAAACAACCCUGUUUACCAAAUCCGUGUGAUACCAGUUCUUACUGCGAUACCUUCGGAGACAAAUUUGCAGUUUGUAAUUUAUGUGUUGGACCUAAUUCCAUCAAUAAUCCUGCAUGCAGGCCGGAAUGUUUGUUGAGUUCGGAUUGCGCAUUUGAUAGAGCAUGUAUAAGAAAUAAAUGUGUAGAUCCAUGCGCCAGCUCUUGUGGUCUAAAUGCAGAAUGUACAGUUUACCAACAUAAUCCUGUGUGCAGAUGCAGGAAUGGUUUUGAUGGAAAUCCUUAUGAAAAUUGUAAAACAACCUCUAAUCCUAUUUUACCGGAAAUAUGUGAUAAUAUGCAGUGUGGUUCAAAUGCUAGAUGUGAUGAUAGAAAUGGUGGUUUAACAUGUCAAUGUCUUCCAAAUUUCGUUGGAAAUCCAUAUAUUUCAUGCCGACCAGAAUGUGUUGUAAACAGUGAUUGUAGUUCAGACUUAGCAUGUUUAAAUAAUAAAUGUGAAAAUCCAUGCAGAGAUGUUUGUGGUAUAGGAGCGCAAUGUGAGACAAUUAAUCAUCAUGCUGUAUGUUAUUGCCCACCCAAUUUAACAGGCGAUCCAUACGUUCGGUGUCAAAAUCAGCCGAAUAUACCAACAACAUUGUCUAUUUGCGACCCGUCUCCUUGCGGAGCGUACAGUCGUUGCCUCGUAUCAGAUACAGGAUUUGCAGUUUGUUCUUGUUUACCAGGUUUUAGAGGUAUACCACCCAUGUGCCAACCUGAAUGUGUUAGUAACUCUGACUGUACGCAGAAAGAAACUUGUGUAAAUCAGAAAUGUGUAAAUCCAUGUCAAGGCAGCUGUGGCGUUGGUGCUCAAUGUAUUGUAGUUAAUCAUAAUCCUAUAUGUAGCUGUGGAUCUGGAGAAACCGGCGAUCCAUUCAUAGCAUGCACAGCUUUCGUUGAAAGUACACCAAUUGACUCAAAUCCAUGUGUACCAUCCCCUUGUGGACCUAAUUCAGUAUGUGAAAUUAAAUCAAAUCAUCCGGUGUGUUCUUGUCAACUCAACUACUCAGGAGCACCUCCGUACUGUCGGCCGGAAUGUGUUAUAAGUCAAGAGUGUCCACCUAAUCAGGCGUGUAUUAAUGAAAAGUGUUCCGAUCCAUGUACAGAAGCUUGCGGAAACAAUGCAAAAUGCAACGUUAUCAAUCAUACACCCCUAUGCAGCUGCCUGGAAGGUCAUAAAGGAGACGCUUUCAUAGGUUGUGUGGCAAUUUCAAAGGACGAUUCUGUAAGUCCUUGUAAUCCUUCGCCUUGUGGAGAAAAUACGAUAUGCACCGUAAUAAAUAAUGCAGCUCGUUGUUCAUGCAUCCCACCUAACAUUGGCAAUCCAUAUGCAGGAGGAUGUAGACCUGAGUGUAUCUUAAACUCAGAUUGUCCCAAUCAUUUAGCUUGUUUAUCAAAUCAUUGUCGGGACCCAUGCAAAGACCUAUGCGGAGUUAAUGCAGAAUGCAUUGUAACUAAUCACGUGCCGGUGUGUACCUGCUUUAAAGGCUAUGAGGGUGAUCCGUUUUCUUCUUGUAGACCGGAGUAUAGAAAUCCCACACCUUUCAACCCCUGCGAGCCUUCUCCAUGUGGACCAAACAGCGAAUGUCACAUCGUUAAUAACAGAGCAGCAUGUUCAUGUCGAGUUGGAUAUCAAGGAGCUCCUCCCGCUUGCCGACCGGAAUGUGCAGUUAAUUCUGACUGUCCACCUACUAAAGCUUGCAUAAAUCUCAAAUGUAAAGAUCCUUGCAUACACAGCUGUGGUCUUGACGCACGUUGUCACGUUGUCGGACAUAAUCCGAUUUGUUCGUGUCCAGAAAGUUUCCCAGAGGGUGAUCCGUUCAUCAAAUGCUAUAGGAAGACUAUUUCUCAACCAGCACCCGAUCCUUGUUUACCAUCUCCGUGCGGACCCCAUUCAACGUGUCGGAAUGAAAUUGGACGUGCCGUGUGCGCGUGUGAGCCGGGAACGCUCGGAGCUCCUCCGGCCUGCCGCCCACAAUGCCUCAUCAAUCAAGACUGUCCGCUCGCACUCGCAUGCCUCAACGGAAUCUGCAUCAAUCCUUGUGUGGGCUCCUGCGGUUUCAACGCCAAGUGUACGGUUCAGAAUCAUCGGCCGAUAUGUUCCUGUGACGAAGGUUACUCUGGAGAUCCUUUUGCCGGUUGUAAUCCAUUUGAAAUUUCUAAAGAAGUUCCACGACAACCUUGCAAUCCUUCGCCUUGUGGACCUAAUGCAAUUUGUCGGGAAAAAGGUGGUGCUGGCGCUUGCACUUGUAUAGAUGAAUUUUAUGGGGAUCCAUAUUUAGGCUGUAGACCCGAAUGCGUUAUGAAUACAGAUUGUGCCAUGGACACAUCUUGCUUUAAUAAUAAAUGCGUAGAUCCUUGUCCAGGAACAUGUGGGCGCAACGCUGAAUGUAGUGUCACGAAUCAUGCACCUUCAUGUUACUGCUUAAAUGGAUUUACUGGAAACCCUCUUCAUGCAUGUACUCCUAUAAUACCUAUUCAAGAUCCAGUUGAUCCUUGCCACCCUUCACCCUGUGGCCCUUAUAGUAAAUGUCGAACAUUUAACGGUCACGCUGUUUGUACGUGUCUCGAUAUGUGUGUGGGUUCACCACCUAACUGUCGACCGGAAUGUAUCGUUAGUUCUGAUUGUCGACCAAACAGAGCAUGCGUAAACCAAAAAUGCCAAGAUCCUUGUCCGGGUACUUGCGGUAUGAACGCAAAUUGUCAAGUUGUAAAUCACAAUCCUGUAUGCAGUUGCUUCAGUGAUUAUACGGGUGAUCCAUUUGUGCGAUGUUAUUUGGAAGACAAACAAAUGACUCCAGUUGAUAACUGUCUGCCCAAUCCAUGUGGUCCACAUUCACAAUGUAAGGAUAUUAACGGAUUACCGGUUUGUUCAUGUUUGAACAAUUACAUCGGUCGUCCACCCAAUUGCAGACCUGAAUGUACUAUGAAUUCUGAAUGUCCCGGAAAUUUAGCAUGUAUUUCUGAAAAAUGCGGUGACCCAUGUCCAGGUUCUUGUGGUAUUCAUGCUGCAUGUGAUGUUGUUAAACAUGUACCUAUAUGCACUUGCGAUUCAGGGUACACUGGUGAUCCAUUUUCCGGAUGUUAUUUGAUGCCAAUAAUUGAACCUCAAUAUGAGAAUCCAUGCGCUAGGUCACCCUGUGGCUCUAAUGCUGUAUGCAAAGAAAGGAAUGGAGCAGGAUCAUGUUCUUGCUUACCAGACUAUUAUGGUGAUCCAUAUAUAGAAUGCAGACCUGAGUGCGUCCUAAAUUCCGAUUGUCCCAAGGAUAAAGCAUGUAUUAACAAUAAGUGUAAAGAUCCCUGCCCUGGAGUUUGUGGUAUGAAUGCAGAAUGUCGUGUAAAUAAUCAUGCUCCGUCAUGUGCUUGUUUUGACGGUUACGAAGGAAACCCCUUUACUUCAUGUUACCUAAGCCAAAUAGACAAACCAAUAGAUCCUUGUACACCAUCACCAUGUGGUCCCAAUAGUGUAUGUCGAGUAAGUCACGGUCAUGCUAUAUGUGCAUGCCAAGAAGAAUAUUUCGGUUCACCACCUUCAUGUCGUCCCGAAUGUAUGGUUAGCAGCGACUGCAUGCCAAACAGAGCGUGUAGCAAUACUAAAUGUGUGGAUCCAUGUAUUGGAGCUUGUGGACAAAAUGCAAAAUGUACCGUUGUAAAUCAUAAUGCUUUGUGCAGUUGCCCACAUAACUACGUAGGCGAUCCUUUUAUACAAUGUAUCUUUCAACAACGCGAAAUAAAACCAUCUAGUAAUCCAUGCAUUCCUUCUCCAUGUGGGCCAAAUUCUCAAUGUCGUAUAGUUGGUGAAACACCGGCAUGUUCAUGUAAACCUGGAUAUGUUGGUAGAGCGCCAAAUUGCCGCCCAGAAUGUAUUUACGAUGAAGAAUGUCCAAGUAAUCUUGCUUGCAUACGCGAAAAAUGUACCAGCCCUUGUGAGGGAUCAUGUGGUGCACACGCAGAUUGUAUUGUUAUCUCUCAUAAAGCAGUUUGUCAUUGCCAAGAAAGUUAUACAGGAGAUCCAUUUAGUGGUUGUUACUUUAUUGUAACAGUUGCCAGCGAAUAUGACACAACUCCGUGUAAUCCAUCCCCAUGUGGACCAAACUCAAUAUGCACAGAAAAAAAUUCAGCUGGAGCUUGCACAUGCUUGCCUGAUUAUUUUGGUGAUCCUUACAUGGGCUGCCGUCCUGAAUGUGUUACAAAUAAUGAUUGCCCCACAGACAAAGCAUGUUCAAAUAAUAAAUGUGUUAAUCCUUGUGAAGGCGCAUGUGGAGUCAACACAUUAUGUAACGUAGCACAUCAUACUCCUGUUUGCUUGUGUAUUGAUGGAUACGAAGGAAACCCCACAAUAUCUUGUUAUCCACAGAAAAACAUUCCAGCAGACAUAAAUCCGUGUCUUCCGUCACCAUGCGGUCCAUAUAGCAACUGUAAAGUAUUCGAUGGACAUGGGGUUUGUUCGUGCCAAGAAGACUAUAUAGGAUCCCCACCGACAUGUAGACCGGAGUGUGUCAUCAGUACAGACUGUCCACAGCAUCAAGCGUGUAUUAAACAAAAGUGUAGAGAUCCAUGUGUGGGAACAUGUGGUGUCAAUGCAAGAUGCCAAGUUAUAAACCAUAAUCCUAUUUGUACAUGCAAAGCAGGUUUUACUGGUGAUCCUUUUGUAACUUGUCAACUGGAACAAAAACCUAUUCUUCCGGUGCCUAAGGGAAAUCCAUGUAUUCCAUCGCCGUGUGGUCCUUAUUCACAAUGUAAAGUAGUUGGUGAAGCGCCUGCAUGCUCAUGCUUACCAAAUUAUAUCGGUGUUGCACCAAACUGUAGACCAGAAUGUUCUAUUAAUGCGGAAUGCCCUGGUAAUUUUGCAUGUCAAAAUGAAAAGUGUGUAGAUCCAUGUCCUGGAUCUUGUGGAUUCAAUGCAGAAUGUACGGUAGCAAAUCAUGUAGCCUUAUGUCAUUGUGUUCAAGGAUAUACAGGUGAUCCUUUCAGUGGAUGUUCUAUUAUUGAACAUACUCCAGAACCGCCGCCGAACCCAUGUAAUCCAUCACCUUGUGGUGCUAAUGCAAUUUGUAAAGAAAGAAAUGGUAUUGGAUCUUGUUCAUGUCUCCCGGAAUACUUUGGAGACCCAUACACAGGCUGUCGGCCGGAGUGCGUGUCGAAUUCCGAUUGUGAUCGCAAUAAAGCUUGCUCAAAUAAUAGAUGUAGAGAUCCAUGUCCAGGGGCAUGUGGAAUAAAUGCAGAAUGUAGAACUAUAAACCAUGCUCCAACGUGCACAUGUCUUACUGGUUACACCGGAAAUCCACUUACUCGAUGCGAAGUUCAACUUAUACCCGAAAGAGAUGAUGCAGACCAAAAUCCUUGUCAACCAUCUCCAUGUGGACCAAACAGUCUUUGUCGUACAGUGAACGGUCACAGUGUAUGUACAUGUGAAAGUGGAUACAUCGGAACACCGCCUACUUGUCGUCCUGAAUGUAUUGUUAGUUCUGAAUGUCCCCAAGACAAGGCUUGUGUUAAUAAGAAGUGUGUAGAUCCAUGCCCGAACACAUGUGGAUUAAACGCUCGCUGUCAAGUUGUUACCCAUAAUCCAAUAUGUAGUUGCACCCCUGGAUACACUGGUGAUCCAUUUACAAGAUGCGCUCUGGAAGAAAGAACUGUGCCAACAAAUCCCUGCGAACCAUCGCCGUGCGGACCGAAUUCAGAGUGUAGAGUAAUAGGCGAUCAAGCUGCUUGUUCUUGUUUACCAAACUACAUCGGAAGAGUACCAAACUGUAGACCAGAAUGUUCUAUAGAUGCUGAAUGUCCCAGUAAUACAGCUUGCAUUAAUGAACGUUGUAAAGAUCCAUGUCAAAAUGCAUGCGGUCUAAAUGCUCUCUGUUUGACGGUUAAUCAUAGGCCAGUAUGUAACUGCCAGCAAGGUUUUACUGGGGACGCUACAAGUAACUGCGUGCAAAUAAUAAUUUCGUCUACGGAAAUGACACCUACAUCAAGUCCAUGCUCACCGUCACCAUGCGGGCCAAAUGCUGAAUGUCGUGAACACAAUGGAGCAGGAGCUUGCUUCUGUUCUGAAGGCUAUGAGGGUGACCCAUACAGCCCGCAAGGAUGCCGCAGAGAAUGCGAGAGCAAUGACGAUUGUCCUUUAAAUCUGGCUUGUACUCGAUAUAAAUGCAUUGACCCCUGUCCAAGAACGUGUGGUCAGUUUGCACAAUGCACGGUAGAAAAACAUAUACCGGUUUGCACUUGUCCUAAGGGAUAUACAGGAGAUCCUUUCUUCCAAUGUAAACAAAUAGCUCUGGAUUCAUAUGAACCACCUUCAAAUCCUUGUGAACCUACACCGUGUGGACCUAAUAGUCAAUGUAGACAGGUCAAUAUGCAAGCAGUAUGCUCAUGCCUCCCGAACUACAUAGGAUCACCACCAUCAUGUAGACCCCAAUGUGUAGUAAACAGUGAAUGCGAUCUAUCUAGAGCAUGUAUUAAUCAGAAAUGUGACGAUCCUUGUCCAAACACUUGCGGGUUGCGAGCUCAUUGUCAAGUUAAAAAUCAUAACCCCAUCUGCACAUGCCCCGCUGGUAUGACUGGCGAUCCAUUUACGCAAUGUUAUCCUAUUAUAGCAACUACUGAUAGACCACCAUCUUGUACUCCAUCACCUUGCGGCCCACACUCUCGCUGCCAACAAUUGUCAAGUGGGCCGGCCUGUUCAUGUUUGCCAGGAUAUGUUGGUUCACCACCAUCCUGUCGUCCUGAAUGUACCAUAAAUUCGGAGUGUCCAGCAUCACUUGCAUGCGUCAGACAAAAAUGUGAAGACCCAUGUCCAGGAUCAUGUGGAGUUGAAGCUAAUUGUCACGUUUUAAACCAUGUUGCAGUUUGUGUAUGUAAUGAAGGUUAUACCGGAGAUCCCUUCUCAAGAUGUUCACCUAUCACCGAAGCACCAACAACGCCAUCUCCCCAAGAUCCAUGUAAUCCAUCACCUUGUGGACCUAAUGCUAAAUGUGAUAAUGGUUUUUGUACAUGUUUACCAGAUUAUAGAGGUAAUCCUUAUGAGUCCUGCCGACCAGAAUGUACAGGUAGCCAAGAAUGUCCUAGAGAUAAGGCAUGCUUCCGUAACAAGUGUCGUGAUCCCUGCCCAGGAGUUUGUGGUCAGAAUGCUAAGUGUGACGUAAUAAAUCACAUACCUAGCUGUUCCUGUAUUUCAGAUUAUACAGGAAAUCCAUUUACGCAUUGUCAACAUAUGGAAAGAGAAAAGUCACCACCUUUAGAUCCUUGUCAUCCAUCACCUUGUGGACCAAAUAGCGUGUGUAGAACUGUCGAAAAUACUGCAGUUUGUGCCUGUGUUGAAAGUUACCAAGGUUCUCCACCUGCAUGUAGACCCGAGUGUGUUGUUAGCUCAGAGUGCCCUCCUACAAAAGCCUGUGUAAACCAAAAAUGUAUUAAUCCAUGCAUUAACGCCUGUGGUCUUCAGGCCCGAUGUGAAGUCAUUAAUCAUAGUCCAAUCUGCAGUUGUAAUUUAGGACAAACUGGUGAUCCGUUUAAGAGUUGCUUUGAUAUUGUAAUGACGCCAUUGGAACCAGUAGACGCUUGUAAUCCAUCUCCAUGUGGACCAAAUUCUAUAUGUAUUGAAAGAAAUGAAAAAGCUAAUUGCAGAUGCGCUGAUGAUUAUAUUGGACAGCCACCAAACUGUAGACCAGAAUGUGUCAUUAAUCCAGAUUGUCCAUCUAACCAAGCAUGUGUUAGAAAUAAGUGUAUAGACCCCUGCCCAGGAUCAUGUGGAGUAAACGCAGAUUGCGUUAUUGUUAGUCACACUGUAUCUUGCGUUUGUCGCGAAAAAUAUACAGGAAAUCCUUUCUUACAGUGUGUUCCUCAAGAAGAAAAAGUUGUGAAACCAUGUGAUCCUUCACCUUGUGGAAUGAACGCUGUUUGCUCACAAAGAGACGGUGCAGGAGCAUGUUCUUGUUUAGAAGGUUAUCAAGGAAAUCCAUAUGAAGGUUGCAGACCAGAAUGUGUAUUAAGUUCCGAUUGUUCUGCAGAUAAAGCUUGUAUACGUAAUAAGUGCGCAGAUCCUUGUCCAGGAAUUUGUGGAAACUUUGCUGAAUGUACUGUUAUAAAUCAUGUCCCUACGUGCGCUUGUGCUAAAGGAUAUUCGGGUAACCCAUUCAUUCAAUGUUCGAAGGAACAAACUGCACUCGAAAUAAAACCUUGCCAGCCAUCUCCUUGUGGGCCAAACAGUGUAUGUAGAGAAAACGGUGGUUUGGCAUCAUGUGAAUGUUUGCCAGAUUAUAAAGGCGCACCACCUGACUGCCGUCCUGAGUGUACAGUGAGUAGCGAAUGUUCACCAGACCGCGCUUGUCAUAAACUUAAAUGUGCUGAUCCGUGUAGAGGAACUUGUGGAAUAGGUGCACAUUGCCAAGUUAUAAACCAUAGUCCUUUAUGUAGUUGUCCACUUGGAACAACUGGCGAUCCUUUCAGUCGAUGUCGAGAAAUUCAGUUUACCGAAACUGAAGUACAGCCGAUAGAACCGUGUUCUCCAAAUCCAUGCGGACCAUACAGCGAAUGCCGAGCGAUUAAUGGAAAUCCUUCGUGUUCAUGCACUGGUGGAUACAUAGGUGCACCACCAAACUGUCAUCCAGAAUGUCUAGUCAAUACUGAUUGUCCGUCGCAUCAAGCUUGUAUAGCUGAAAAGUGCAGAAAUCCAUGUGAAGGAUCUUGUGGAUUUAGAGCCGAAUGCCGAGUUCAAGAUCAUAUUCCUAUCUGUAGCUGCCCCACACGAUUUUCAGGAGAUCCAUUUAUACAAUGUGCCGAAGUUAUCGACGUAGCUCCAACACCAACACCAGAUCCCUGUAAUCCAUCACCAUGUGGAUCUAAUGCCAUAUGUGAUAACGGAUCUUGUUUGUGCGCUAAAGGAUUCUUUGGCGAUCCAUACAUUGGAUGUCGCCUAGAAUGCUCAACGAAUGGCGAGUGCUCACCGACCAAAGCAUGCCAGGGAGGAAAAUGUCUAGAUCCUUGUCCAGGAGCUUGUGGUACUGGUGCUACAUGUUCCGUCAACAAUCACAUACCAUCAUGCACUUGUCCAAUCGGUACUUCAGGCGAUCCAUUCGCUUAUUGCACAGAAAUAAUUCAAGAAGAAUCACCACGGUCGCCGUGCACUCCGUCACCAUGUGGCCCGUACAGUGAGUGCAGUGUGAGCGCAAACGGCGCCGCCGCGUGCUCCUGUCGAGCCGGUCACAUCGGCUCCCCUCCAUCUUGCCGUCCGGAGUGUCUCGUUAGCUCGGAGUGUAAAUUACAAGAAGCUUGCAUCGACCAUAGAUGCCGAAAUCCAUGUGAAGGUGCAUGCGGUCGUGGUGCUCGGUGUCAAGUAAUUGCGCAUUCACCGAUUUGCACUUGUAACGAUGGAUUCUCCGGUGAUCCCUUCACGUAUUGCUCACCAGUACCAUCCACUCCGCCGAUACCAGUCGAUCCUUGUGAGCCUACACCGUGUGGGCCGAAUUCAAUAUGUAUAAAAACAGGCGACAUACCCGCUUGUAGUUGUCAACCUGGAUUUAUCGGAUCACCACCAAAUUGUCGACCGGAAUGUACAAUCAGUGCAGAAUGUCCCGCGGCACUCGCUUGUGUCGCUCAACGGUGUAAAGAUCCUUGUACGCAAGCUUGCGGCUCUAACGCUGUUUGUUCAGUUGUGGAUCAUCGAGCGACAUGUGCUUGUGAACAUGGUUAUCAAGGAGAUCCAUUCCAGGGUUGCAUUGCACCUAAAGCUCCUUCAGCCGUUGAAUAUAUAAACCCAUGUGAGCCUUCGCCUUGUGGGGCAAAUGCAGAGUGUAAAGUACAAGGAAAAGCAGGAUCAUGUACAUGUCUUCCUGACUACUUUGGUGAUCCUUACCAAGGUUGCCGGCCAGAGUGUAUUGCCGAUUCUGACUGUUCUCUCACUUUGGCUUGUGUUCGUAAUAAAUGCGUCGAUCCAUGUCCAGGAGUAUGUGGUCUUAAUGCAGAUUGCUAUGUUGCUAAUCAUAAACCAAACUGUAAUUGUCACGCUGGAUUUACGGGUAAUCCGCUCACGAUGUGUUCACAAAUAAGGACUCAAGAUGUCAUAGUGAAUGUUUGUAAUCCAUCACCAUGUGGGUUGAAUGCGGUUUGUAAAGUCGUAAAUAAUCAACCGGUGUGUUCCUGUUUGAGUAACUAUAUGGGAAAUCCACCUAAUUGUAAACCUGAAUGCAUUAUUAAUUCAGAUUGUAAAACAAACAGGGCUUGCAUCAAUAAUAGAUGCAUGAACCCAUGCCCUAAACCAUGUGGGAUUAACUCUGAUUGUAAGGUAAUCAAUCAUAGCCCUGUAUGCUCAUGUCGGCAAGGUUAUUCUGGAGACCCCUUCAUAGAGUGCCGUGCAAAAUUACAAAUUGAUUUCGCCGUGACGGAGCUAAGGGAUCCAUGCUUUUCAUCGCCAUGUGGUCUAUACGCAGAGUGCCGUAACGUCAAUGGUUUCCCAUCUUGUUCAUGUUUACCUUCAUAUAUUGGAUCACCGCCGUUCUGUAAGCCUGAGUGUGUAAUUCAUUCAGAUUGUCCUAGCGACAAAGCUUGCAUAUCAGAAAAAUGUCGUAACCCAUGUGAGGGAUCUUGUGGUCUAUAUGCAAAUUGUUUCGUGAAUAAUCACAUUGCGGUCUGCUUGUGUCCAGAAGGAUUUACGGGUGAUCCAUUUAGAGAUUGCAAGCCUCAAUUGAUUGAAGAUGUGGUCGUGCCUAAUCCGAGUGACCCUUGUCAUCCAAACCCUUGUGGAGCAAAUGCAAACUGUGUCAAUGGAAUUUGCACAUGCCUUGCAGAUUACCAUGGUGAUCCAUAUUUUGGAUGCCGACCUGAAUGUGUGCAUAAUUCAGAUUGUCCCCGUGACAAAGGUUGUCGAAGGAAUAAGUGUAUUGAUCCAUGUAUUGGAACUUGUGGUCAAAAGGCUAUAUGUGAAGUAAAUAAUCAUAUACCAAUGUGUUCCUGUCCACGCGGAAUGAGUGGGAAUGCCUUUGUCGAAUGUCGAGCCAUGGCUGUAAAUAAUCAAAACCCUUGCAAUCCAUCACCUUGUGGACCAAACAGCCAAUGUCAACAGUCCCACGGCCAAGCUGUGUGUUCUUGCAUCCCAGGUUAUCGCGGAAGUCCUCCCAAUUGCAGACCCGAAUGCGUAGUAAGCUUAGAAUGCCCUCUAAACGCAGCUUGUCAAAAUCAAAAGUGUAUAAAUCCUUGUGAAGGCGCCUGCGGCAUAGCAGCCGUAUGUGACGUAAUAAGCCACAAUCCUAUCUGUACAUGUCCGCCUUCUUUCUCCGGAGAUCCCUUCAUAAAAUGUGAUCUUGUUGUAAGGGAACCGAUACAAAUAAAUCCAUGUGAACCAACACCUUGCGGACCUCACUCGACUUGUAGGAACACAAAUGAUAGUCCAGUUUGUGCAUGCCUUAAUGGUUAUAAGGGAACUCCACCAAAUUGUAGACCAGAAUGUAUCAGUAAUAGCGAAUGCAAUGAUAACUUGGCUUGUAUCAACCAAAAAUGUUCAGACCCCUGUGUUGGCAGUUGCGGUAUAAACGCAGAAUGUAGAGUAGUCAGUCAUUCUCCGAUGUGUAUCUGUCAAGCUGGAUACACAGGAGAUCCGUUUUCGCACUGUAGUUUGGAAAUAUUAUCUCAACCAAGUGAGCUUUUACAUCCAUGUAGCCCAAAUCCUUGCGGAGCAAACGCCAUAUGUCGCGAGCAGAAUGGAAUAGGCGCUUGUCAAUGCUUAAGCGACUACACAGGUAAUCCAUACGAAGGAUGCCGGCCAGAGUGUGUGGUUGAUUCUGAUUGCCCUCUGAAUAAGGCUUGCUCAGGAAUGAAAUGCAUAGACCCAUGUCCAGGGACGUGUGGUGUAAAUGCUUUCUGCCAAAUAAACAAUCAUUUGCCAAAUUGCAUUUGCCAGUCGGGUUAUACAGGCAAUCCAUUUAGUCACUGUAACAUACUACAAGAACCGCAAAUUUUGGAAAAAGAUCCAUGUAAUCCUAGUCCAUGUGGUGCAAAUAGCCAAUGUAAAGAAGUAAACGGUCAAGCUACUUGCUCAUGUUUACCCUUAUUCGUUGGAUCGCCGCCAUACUGCCGCCCUGAAUGCGUAGUGAGUUCAGAAUGUCCGUCCAAUUUAGCCUGCAUGAACCAAAAAUGUUCGGAUCCUUGUAUUGACAGCUGUGGUGAAGGUGCAAACUGUAAUGUGAUCAACCAUAGUCCGAUUUGUGUUUGUAAACAAGGAUUAACGGGAAAUCCAUUUACAAGAUGUUAUCCUAUGAUAAUAUCUUCUCGGCCAGAAAAACCAAUUAGUGUCGAUCCCUGUUCAUCAGCACCAUGCGGCUUAUAUGCUAUCUGCCGUAAUAUUGGAGGAGCACCCUCAUGUGCAUGUGAAACAAACUAUAUCGGUACUCCACCAAAUUGCAGACCAGAGUGUACAAUUAAUUCUGAGUGUCCAAGCAAUCAAGCGUGUAUCAAUGAAAAAUGUCAAGAUCCAUGUCUGGGCGCUUGUGGAUUCAAUGCACAAUGUUCUGUAUUCAAUCAUAUCGCACAGUGUAGGUGUUUAGAUCAAUACACGGGAGACGCAUUUGUACAAUGUUAUCCUGAACUUCAAAAAGAUGAACUGCCCGAACUCGAUGCCUGUAAUCCCAAUCCUUGUGGGCCAAACGCUGAGUGCAAUGAUGGAAAAUGCACAUGUGUGCUUGAAUAUCAGGGUGAUCCGUACUUUGGAUGUAGACCAGAAUGUCUUACCAGCAGUGAUUGUCCACAGAAUAAGGCGUGUUUCAAAAACAAAUGUGUAAAUCCUUGUGAAAAUACAUGUGGACGUCAAGCUAUAUGUAAUGUAAUUAAUCACGUUCCAAUGUGUACGUGUUUACCGAACCAUUCUGGUAAUGCAUUUGUAGAAUGCAGACCUAUAGUAAUGAUCGAAAAUAUAAAUCCUUGCAACCCAUCGCCAUGCGGUCCUAAUAGUCAGUGCCGUGAAGUUAAUGGACAAGCAAUUUGUACAUGUUUACCUGGAUAUAAGGAUGCACCUCCGACUUGUAGACCUGAAUGUGUAACCAGCGCUGAAUGCGCUCUCAACAAAGCUUGUUCUGGUCAAAAAUGUAUCGAUCCAUGCAAAGGAAAUUGUGGAAUUGGGGCAGUAUGUCAAGUGAUAAAUCACAACCCUAUAUGUUCAUGUCCAUCAGGUUUAACUGGUGAUCCAUUUAGCAGAUGUUUAUUGAAGGAUAUCGAGGAACCCAUUUAUAUUAAUCCAUGUCAUCCCUCUCCAUGUGGACCCAAUGCAGAUUGCAAAGAAAUUAAUGGUUCGCCAUCAUGUGCGUGCCGUGACGAAUACAUAGGAACUCCACCAAAUUGCAGACCAGAAUGCAUUUCUAAUUCAGAAUGUCCCAAUGAACUCGCGUGUAUAAAUGAAAAAUGUAAAGAUCCUUGUCCUGGAUCAUGUGGUUCAGGUGCUGAAUGCAAAGUUGUGAGCCACGCUCCUCAAUGCUACUGUUCACAAGGAUAUACUGGUGACGCAUUUAUUUCGUGUAACUUGAUUGACAUUCCCCUUACCCCAUGUUCACCAUCACCAUGUGGGCCGAACGCUAUAUGUAAAGAACAAAGGGGAGCAGGAUCAUGUGUAUGUUUACCAGAAUACGUUGGAAAUCCAUACGAAGGAUGUCGCCCUGAAUGUGUUGUAAAUUCUGACUGUGCUAUAAACUUAGCUUGCAUUCAAAACAAGUGUAAAAAUCCUUGUACGAAUAUUUGUGGCCGAAAUGCAAUUUGUAAUGUUGUAAACCAUACUCCAAAAUGCGAAUGUUUGCCUGGAUUAAUUGGAAGUCCGUAUCAAGAGUGCAUAGAGAAACAUGAAGAUGAAUUAAUCCAAAGGGAUCCUUGUUCACCGUCACCUUGUGGUCCUAACAGUAUUUGUAAAGUAUCAAAUAAUCAAGCUGUGUGCACUUGUAAAGCAAAUUAUUUGGGUACACCCCCAUCCUGUAGACCAGAAUGUCUCAUAAGUUCAGAAUGUCCACAACAUCAAGCUUGCAUUAAUGAGAAAUGCAGGGAUCCAUGUGUUGGAGUAUGCGGAAUUAACGCCGAAUGCAAAGUAAUAAACCAUAGUCCAAUAUGCUCUUGUGCGACCCAAUCAACAGGAGAUCCAUUCAUUAGAUGCUAUAGAGUUGAAGCAGAAGCAGUUGUAGUUCCCACAAAUCCAUGCGUGCCUUCACCUUGUGGUCCAUUUUCGCAAUGCCGUGAUAUAAAUGGUGUACCUUCAUGUUCUUGUUCGCCACAAUAUAUAGGAAGUCCACCAAAUUGUAGACCAGAGUGUACAAUUAAUACGGAUUGUGUCAGUGACAAAGCCUGUAUUAAUGAAAGAUGUGUAGACCCAUGCCCUGGUUCCUGCGGAUUAAAUGCUGAAUGUCGAGUACAAAAUCACAUAUCCAUUUGUACCUGCAUCGACGGCUAUAUUGGAGAUCCGUUCCAAAGCUGCUAUAUAAAACCGCAAAAAGAUGUAACGUUAAACGAUCCAUGCAAUCCAUCCCCAUGUGGAAUGAAUGCAAUAUGUAAUAAUGGUAUUUGUACGUGCCUUCCUGAAUAUAAUGGUGAUCCAUACUUCGGUUGUCGCCCCGAAUGUACAAUAAGCUCUGAGUGCAGUAUGGACAAGGCUUGUGUAAGGAACAAGUGUGUAAAUCCGUGCAAUAAUACGUGCGGUAUAAAUGCUGUUUGUGAUGUCAUUAAACAUAUGGCGAUUUGUACUUGCCCACCUAAAAUGACUGGAAAUGCAUUUUUGCGAUGUUCUCCAAUACAAGAAUCUUUGGUCACGAAUCCGUGUCAACCCAGUCCAUGUGGUCCCUAUAGUCGUUGCUCAGAACGUAAUCAACAGGCAAUAUGCUCUUGUAUGCCUGGAUAUAACGGAGCACCGCCUUCCUGUCGCCCAGAAUGUGUUUCAAGUUCCGACUGCACUUUAGACAAAGCUUGUAGCAAUCAAAAAUGCAUAAAUCCAUGUGUAGGGACAUGUGGAGUAGAAGCCAAGUGCCAAGUUAUAAAUCAUAAUCCUAUUUGUACAUGCCCGCCUAAAUACACUGGUGAUCCAUUUACACGAUGCAUUAAUAUACCAUUAUCGGAGCCGACCAUCGCAGUAAAUCCAUGUCAGCCAUCGCCCUGUGGCCCCAACUCAAUCUGCCAAGAAUCAGCAACUGGAACAGCUACAUGUCAAUGUCAACCAGACUUUUUAGGUGCCCCACCAAAUUGUCGGCCUGAGUGCAUUUCCAACAGUGAAUGUACUUCGUCGUUGGCUUGUAUUAACAGAAAAUGUCUAAAUCCAUGUAACCAAGCAUGUGGUUCAAAUGCUGAGUGUCGCGUUGUUAGUCAUACAGCCAUUUGUAUUUGUCCUGAAGGAUAUAAGGGCGAUCCAUCUGUGCAAUGUACAUUAAAUGCACUUGCUGUAAUUGAACAAUCCAAUCCAUGUUCACCAUCUCCAUGCGGACCAAAUGCCGAAUGUAUUGAACGAGGUACUACGGGAGCAUGUGUGUGCCUGAAAGGUUAUUUCGGUGAUCCUUAUGAAGGAUGUCGACCAGAGUGUGUUGUGAAUUCAGAUUGUCCAAGUAAUAAAGCAUGUUCGAGGAAUAAAUGCGUCGAUCCAUGUCCUGGUACUUGUGCUAUAAAUGCAGAAUGUCAAGUUGUUAAUCACUCCCCAUUGUGCACAUGUCCACCACAAUUUUCGGGCGAUCCAUUCCAGCAUUGCGCACUCAUACAACGUGAAGAGGAGAAAUCAGAUCCGUGCAAUCCUUCCCCAUGCGGACCGAAUAGUCAAUGUAGAGUAUCAAAUGGUCAGAGUGUUUGUUCAUGUAUGCCAGAAUAUUUUGGAUCUCCUCCAAACUGCCGUCCGGAAUGCGUUAUAAAUUCAGAGUGUCCCGCAGACAAAGCGUGUAAGAAUUAUAAAUGUCAGUCAUCAUGUCCUGGACCUUGUGGUCAAAAUACAAAUUGCAAGAUGAUAAAUCAUAGUCCAAUCUGUACAUGUUUACCAUCAUACACAGGAGAUCCUUUCUCGGCCUGUUAUAGAGUUAUCGCUCCAUUAGAAGUUCAGCCAGAAGUCGAUCCCUGUGUUCCAUCACCUUGUGGUCCAAAUUCGCAAUGCAGGAAUUUGAACGGUCUUCCGUCCUGUUCAUGCUUACCAAAAUACGAAGGAAGUCCACCAAAUUGCAGAUCAGAAUGUAUAAUUAAUGAAGACUGUGCUAGCAACAUGGCUUGCAUUAAUCAAAAGUGUAAGGAUCCAUGCCCUGGAUCUUGUGGGAUAAAUGCUAAAUGUUUUGUGAGAAACCAUGUGUCGAUAUGUAAUUGUGACGAAGGCUUUACAGGGAAUGCAUUUACACAAUGUAUUCCUAUGCCACAAAACGUUGAAAUUGAUUUAUGUAAUCCAUCACCCUGUGGAACAAACGCGUUGUGUAAUGAUGGAAAAUGCACUUGUCUUGCUGAAUUCCAUGGCGACCCAUAUAUUGGUUGUCGACCUGAAUGUACAAUUAGCACUGACUGUGCGCGAGACAAAGCUUGUAUAAACAAUAAAUGCCAAGAUCCUUGCCCUGGAACAUGCGCUUCAAAUGCUAAAUGCAAUGUUAUUAACCAUGUGCCGAUGUGUAGUUGCCCGGAUCGAAUGCAAGGAAAUGCGUUUAUUGAAUGUUAUCCAUUAUCAGAACCUAUAAAUAUAAAUCCAUGUCAACCGUCUCCAUGUGGUCCUAAUAGCCAAUGCAGAGUAGUCAAUAGUCAACCCGUAUGUUCUUGCGCUCCAAAUUUCAUUGGCAGUCCACCAGCCUGCCGCCCCGAAUGUACAAUUAGUGCAGAGUGCCCGUUGGAUCAAGCUUGCACUAAUCAACGAUGCGUAAACCCAUGUGAAGGUGCUUGUGGAGUUACAGCUGAGUGCAAAGUAGUCAACCAUAAUCCAAUAUGUACUUGUCCUAACGCAUACUCAGGAGACCCAUUCACACGCUGUUAUAGACUUCCUGAAAAAGCGCCAAUUUCCGAUAACGUGUGUUCUCCGUCACCAUGUGGACCCAAUUCAAUAUGUAAAAUUAUAAAUGAUGUUCCAUCAUGCACCUGCCUAGAAAAUUAUCAAGGUCAACCUCCAUAUUGCAGGCCAGAAUGUACAAGUAAUGAAGAAUGUUCUGUACAAAUGGCAUGUGUUAAUAUGAAAUGCAUUAAUCCGUGUGAAGGUGCGUGUGGAAUUAACGCAGAGUGUAGGGUCGUCAGUCAUUCGCCAAACUGUAUGUGUAUAUAUGGAUAUACAGGAGAUCCGUUUAUCAAUUGUGUGUUAGAACCAUUGCGAGAACAAAUAAAUUCCAAUCCAUGCACACCAUCUCCGUGUGGAUUUAAUGCUAUAUGCAAAGAAAAGAAUAAUGCUGGUUCUUGCACUUGUAUUGAUAGCUAUAUUGGAAAUCCUUACGAAGGUUGUCGUCCAGAAUGUGUAGUGAAUACGGACUGUCCCAACGAUAAGGCUUGUACUAACAAUAAGUGCGUUGAUCCCUGUCCAGGCAGUUGUGGAUCGAAUGCUUUGUGUCAAGUUGUUAAUCAUGCGUCUUUAUGCACAUGUAUUAAUGGCUACACAGGAGACCCUUUCAGAAAUUGUGUUUAUCAAGAAUCGGCACCGCCAUUAUUACCCACUGAUGUCUGUUAUCCAUCACCGUGUGGUCCAAAUAGCCAAUGCAAAGUUGUGAACAAUCAAGCAAUUUGUUCGUGCUUGAAGGAAUAUGUUGGAAUUCCUCCAAACUGCCGACCUGAAUGCGUUGCUAAUUCAGAUUGUCCUCGUGAAAAUGCUUGCAUAAAUAACAAAUGUGUUAAUCCAUGUGUGAACGCAUGUGGUGUUAAUUCUAAUUGUAAAGUAAUCAAUCACAGUCCUAUAUGUUCAUGCAAACAUUCUUAUGUAGGAGACCCCUUCACGAUUUGCAGUCUAGCUCCUGUUGCAUCGCCUCAAGAAACAACCGAUCCUUGUGUACCAUCACCUUGUGGACCUAACUCUGUUUGUCGUAGCGUUGGAUCUUCACCAUCAUGUUCUUGUAUGCCAGAAUUUAUCGGAAGUCCACCCAAUUGUAGACCCGAAUGUACAAUACAUGCCGACUGUCCAAGUGACCGGGCUUGUAUUAACUCUAAAUGUCAAGAUCCUUGUUCGGGCUCCUGUGGUUUGUCUGCAUCGUGUCAUGUGCUUAAUCACAUUCCCAUCUGUUCUUGUCUCACGGGUUUCAUUGGUGAUCCGUUCACGAGCUGUAGACCGCAACCAUUACAAGUUGAAGCAGCGGUGACUGAUGCAUGCACAAAUGUUCGAUGUGGAUCAAAUGCAGAGUGCAUUAAUGGUCAUUGUCAGUGCUUAAAAGACUAUCAUGGCGACCCUUACUUUAAUUGCAGACCAGAGUGUGUAUAUAGCACCGAUUGCGAACAAAACAAGGCUUGUAGCCAAAAAAAAUGUAUUGACCCAUGUAUAAACGCAUGUGGACAAAACGCAAAUUGUCAGGUCGUAAAUCAUAUUCCCAUGUGUAGUUGUAGCACUGGUUAUACUGGAAAUGCAUUUAUUGCAUGCAAUCAAAUUAAAGUUCAAGCAAUUGAAAAUCCUUGCAAUACAGCCAUAUGCGGACCAAAUAGCCAAUGCAGAGUUGUAAACAACCAAGCUGUUUGUUCAUGUCUACCUACGUACUUGGGUGUACCACCAGCGUGUAGACCUGAAUGUACAGGAAACGCCGAGUGUCCUUUGGACAAAGCUUGCAUGAAUCAAAAAUGUAUAAACCCAUGCUUUGGAGCUUGUGGAAUAAGAGCAACAUGUGAAGUUGUUAACCAUAAUCCUGUCUGUGCUUGCCAAGAAAAAUACACAGGCGAUCCAUUCGUAGAGUGUCACCUUCCUCUGAAUACACCUCAAGAGGUUAUUGUCCCAUGCCAACCUUCACCAUGUGGUCCAAAUGCAAUUUGCCAAGAAAACAAUGGCAUUCCCUCUUGUAGUUGUUUGCCAGAAUUUAAAGGAGAGCCACCAUAUUGUAGACCAGAAUGUAUAAGUAACAGUGAAUGUUCACCGCAUUUAGCUUGUAUGAAUCAAAAAUGUAAAGACCCAUGCGUACAGGUUUGUGGAGAAAAUGCCGAAUGUCAUGUGGUAAGCCACUCUGCUAUGUGUGUCUGUCCACAAGGUUAUGCUGGCGAUCCGUUUACGAGGUGUUCUGUGCAUACUACUGUUGAAAUUUUAACACCAUGUUUCCCGUCGCCUUGCGGACCAAACGCAGCAUGUAGAGAACAAAAUAAUGUAGGCUCUUGCACCUGCAAUGAGGGCUACUUUGGCAAUCCAUAUGAAGGAUGUCGACCUGAAUGUGUUCGUGAUUCUGAUUGUGCUGAAAACCGGGCUUGUGUGGGUAAUAAAUGCCAAGAUCCUUGUCCAGGUUCCUGCGGAAUAAACGCAGAAUGUUUAACAGUAAACCAUUUACCUACAUGUAUCUGUGCUAAUGGUUAUACAGGCGAUCCAAGGCGGCGAUGCAAUAUUGUACAAUACUCUCUAUCUGUACAGACCACUAAUGUGUGUCAACCCAGUCCUUGUGGACCAUACAGUCAAUGUAAGAAUAUCAAUAACCAGGCAAUAUGCAGUUGUUUACCUAACUAUAUUGGUGAACCACCCGAAUGCAGACCAGAAUGUACAUAUAAUUCUGAUUGUUCUGAAGAUAAAUCGUGCGUUAAUCAAAAGUGUAUCGAUCCAUGUCCCAAGACAUGCGGAUUAAGAGCCGAAUGCCGUGUAAUUCACCAUAACCCUAUUUGUAGUUGCCAAUCAGGUUUUACUGGAGAUCCAUUCACUAGAUGUUAUAAAAAACCAGUGCCAUUGCCACAGCGAGAUGAAAUCAAAGAUCCGUGCCUUCCUUCGCCAUGUGGUGCGAAUGCAAUCUGUCAGGUCAUCAACGGUCAAGCUUCGUGUUCUUGUACCACAGGAUAUAUCGGUAGUCCACCUAACUGCCGGCCAGAAUGUGUUUCUAAUGAAGAUUGUAUUAGUUCUCUUGCCUGUAUAAAUGAAAAAUGCCGAGAUCCCUGUCCCGGUUCCUGUGGCUCUAACGCACAAUGUAUGGUCAUUAAACAUUUAGCCAUUUGUACAUGUUUCGAAGGCUAUAAAGGUGAUCCAUUCACAGGAUGCGAAUUGCAGCCUUUGCGAGAACCGGUUGAAGCUGAUUUAUGUACCCCAUCCCCAUGUGGAUCAAAUGCAAUAUGUGACAAUGGAGAGUGUUCGUGUCUUCCUGAUUAUCACGGUGACCCGUAUAUCAGUUGUAGACCUGAAUGUACAACAAGCGCAGAUUGCCAAAGGCAACAAAUAUGCCUCAGUAAAAAAUGUCACAAUCCUUGUCCGGAUACUUGUGGUCUUAACGCCAAUUGUGAAGUUAUCAACCAUAUUCCAAUGUGCAGUUGUCCCACAGGAUAUACGGGCAAUGCUUUUGUUUCUUGUAAUGCCAUUCAAGCGUUUACACCAACGAAUCCGUGCUAUCCAAGUCCCUGUGGACCAAACAGCCAGUGUCGUGAAAUAAACAAAGUUGCCGUUUGUUCAUGUUUACCAGAGUAUUUAGGAAACCCGCCAACAUGUAGACCAGAAUGUACAACUAGCGCUGAAUGUCCAUUGAACAAGGCUUGUAACAACCAUAAAUGCAUUAAUCCAUGUGUAGGCUCAUGCGGACUCAACGCUUUGUGCGAUGUUAUUAAUCAUAAUCCAAUAUGCACAUGUCCAAAUGAUUUCAUUGGGGAUCCAUUCAGCAGAUGUCUUCCGAAACCGCUUGAAAUACGUCCACAAACUGAUCCUUGUACUCCUUCGCCUUGUGGACCAAAUUCGAUCUGUCAGAAUGGACAAGAAUCUCCUUCAUGUUCCUGUAUGCCGAAUUUCAUUGGAUCGCCACCAAAUUGUCGCCCUGAAUGUACAAGUAACAGUGAAUGUCCAAAUAAUAUGGCAUGUAUAAAUAAUAAAUGCAAUGAUCCAUGUGUGGGUUCUUGCGGUUCAUAUGCUGAAUGUCGUGUUGUAAGCCAUACACCAAACUGUAUGUGUCCCCAAGGAUAUUUUGGCGAUCCAUUCGUUUCUUGCGAAAUUAACAGCGUUCAAGCCAUAGAACAGCUAACACCAUGUUCUCCUUCUCCAUGUGGAACCAACGCUAUUUGCAAACAACGCAAUAAUAUUGGCUCUUGCAUUUGUUUGUCUGGCUAUUUUGGAAAUCCUUACGAAGGUUGUCGACCAGAGUGUAUAGUCAACACGGAUUGCCCGUCCGACAAAGUUUGUCAGCAAAAUAAAUGCCAAGAUCCAUGUCCUGGGACUUGUGGUAGAAAUGCACAAUGCCACGCUGUCAACCACGCUCCAAUAUGCACAUGUAACCCUGGAUACACAGGAGAUCCAUUUAAAAAUUGUGUUUAUAAGCAAGAAAUUGAAGUUGCUACUGAUCCAUGCUCUCCUUCGCCUUGUGGUCCAAAUAGUAUUUGUAAAUACAAAAAUGAACAAGUUAUAUGCAGUUGCAUUCCUGAAUAUAGAGGUUCACCUCCUAAUUGUAGACCUGAAUGUGUUGUCAGCGCUGAAUGCCCUUCUGAUAAAGCAUGUAUCGCGCAGAAAUGUACUGAUCCUUGUAUUGGUCAGUGUGGUCAAAACACAAAAUGUCGCAGUAUAAACCAUAGUCCGAUAUGUUCUUGCAAAGAUGACUUCACCGGUGAUCCAUUUAGCCGAUGUUACCCAAUUAUUUUGAAGGAUAUUGAAGAACCUUCGAAGAAUCCAUGUUUACCAUCGCCCUGUGGACCAUUUAGUCAGUGCUUAGAAAUAGGAAGCAUACCUACAUGUACCUGCUUACCAGACUUUAUUGGUGCCCCACCUAAUUGUAGACCAGAGUGUGUGAUAAACUCUGACUGUUCCAGCAAUUUAGCUUGUAUAAAUCAGAAAUGUAAAGAUCCUUGUCCUGGAUCAUGUGGUGUAAAUGCACAAUGUUUAGUCAAAAAUCACACUCCAAUCUGUAGUUGCCUUGUGAACUUUGUUGGAGAUGCAUUUACCGAAUGUAAACCACAAGUUGCAGAUGUAAUAGAAGAAACGAUAGAUCUUUGCAAUCCCUCACCAUGUGGACCUAACGCCAUUUGCGAUAAUGGUGAAUGUUCAUGUUUGCCCGACUACUACGGGGAUCCUUUCUUUGAAUGUCGUCCAGAAUGUACACUUAGUUCUGAUUGUGAUAAAAAUAGGGCAUGUUAUAAAAAUAAAUGUGUGGAUCCUUGUAAAGCGCAAGUUUGUGCUUCGAAUGCUAUUUGUGAAGUCAUUAAUCAUGUACCGAUGUGCAGAUGUCCACCAAAUAUGAUAGGAAAUGCUUUCAUACAAUGCUCAACAAUUGAAAUUGUUAAUCGGCAGCCAUGUAGUCCAUCUCCUUGUGGUCCUAACAGCCAAUGUCGCGAUAUAAAUGGGCAAGCUAUUUGUUCUUGCUUGGAAGGAUUUAUUGGACUACCGCCCUCCUGCAGACCUGAGUGUGCUGUAAGCUCUGAUUGUUCUCCUGAUGAAGCAUGUACAAAUAGCAAAUGUAUUAAGCCAUGUCUAGGCGCUUGUGGUAUAGGCGCUAAGUGCCAAGUUAUCAAUCAUAAUCCUAUUUGCUCAUGCCCGUCAUCGUAUACCGGAAAUCCAUUCAUAAGAUGUGUCUUACAAACAUUUACACCUGAACGUCAAGACCCAUGUAUUCCAUCACCAUGUGGCCCUAAUUCUAUUUGCAAGGUAGUUUCGGAAUCGCCAACCUGUACCUGCCAGCAAGGUUACUUUGGAAAACCCCCACACUGUAAACCAGAAUGCAUAACUAAUUCUGAGUGUUCCACACAUCUUGCAUGCAUAAAUGAGAAAUGUGUUGAUCCUUGUAUUGGAUCAUGUGGUUUAAAUGCAGUUUGCCAUGUUAUCAGCCACUCACCGUCAUGUUUCUGUUCACCUGAAUUUACUGGGGAUCCAUUUAGAGAAUGUCGAAAAUCUGAAAUAGUACAAGAAAUUUUGACCCCAUGUCAACCAUCCCCAUGUGGUGCUAAUGCUAUUUGUAAGGAACUCAACGAUGCAGGCUCUUGUACUUGUUUGCCUGAAUAUUAUGGCAAUCCUUAUGAAGGUUGCAGACCUGAAUGUAUUGUCAAUACCGACUGUCCAUCAAACAAGGCUUGUUUACAAAAUAAAUGCCAAGAUCCUUGUCCAGGUUCUUGUGCAACGAAUGCUAUUUGUCAAGUUGUGAAUCACGCACCAUCGUGUUCUUGUCCAUCAGGACACACAGGAGAUCCAUUUCGACAUUGCUGGAUACAAAGAGAACAAGAUAUUACAGUAAAUGUUUGCAGUCCAUCACCAUGUGGUCCUAAUAGUAGAUGCCAAGAAGUAAAUAAACAGGCUGUGUGCUCAUGUUUACCAGACUUUAUAGGUGUUCCACCUGGAUGUCAUCCUGAAUGUGUUAUAAGCUCUGAAUGUUCAAAAAAUAAAGCUUGCUUAAACAAAAAAUGUGUUGAUCCUUGUAUCGACGCCUGUGGACUGAAUGCGGAGUGCAGAGUAAUUAACCACAGUCCCAUUUGUUAUUGUAAAUCACUUUAUACAGGUGACCCGUUCUCUAAGUGCACUCCAUUACCACCUCCUGUCGCAAAUGCUGUUUUAGAACCAUAUAGUAAUCCAUGUCUGCCGUCACCUUGUGGACCAAAUGCAAUAUGUCGAGAUUUUGGAAACAUACCUUCUUGUACAUGUAUGGAUAAUUAUAUUGGUAACCCGCCAAAUUGUCGACCAGAAUGUACGCUGAACUCUGAAUGUCCAACAUCUCAAGCAUGUAUUCAACAAAAAUGUAGAGAUCCAUGUCAAGGGUCAUGUGGUAUUAAUGCAUUAUGUACUGUUUCGCGACAUACACCUAUCUGCACGUGCCCCGAUGGCUAUGUUGGUGACGCAUUUACUGCUUGUAAUCCGAAAUUGCAACCUGAAUACGAUACGAUAGAUAGCUGUAACCCAUCGCCUUGUGGGACAAACGCAAUAUGUACGGAUGGAAAGUGUUCUUGUGUUCAUGAUUAUCAAGGUGACCCCUACGUAGGUUGCCGUCCAGAAUGUGUACUGAGCACUGAUUGCAAUCGAAAUAUGGCAUGUGUCAAGAAUAAAUGUGUUAAUCCUUGUUUAAAUACAUGUGCACCAACUGCUGUUUGUGAAGUUAUUAAUCACGUACCUAUGUGCAGUUGUUCCCAUGGUAUGACUGGUAAUGCCUUCUAUGGAUGUGAAAAAAUACAAGUUCCAGUCGUAACUAACCCUUGCCUUCCAUCUCCUUGUGGACCAAAUAGUCAGUGCCGAGAAAUUAAUGGACAAGCAGUUUGUACGUGUGUUAUUGGCUAUAUUGGCAGUCCUCCACUAUGUCGACCGGAAUGUGUAGUCAGUUCAGACUGCCCUCUUAAUAAAGCGUGCAGUAAUCAAAAAUGCAUUGACCCAUGCAAAGGAUCUUGUGGAGCUGAAGCAAUAUGUCAAGUUGUAAAGCACAAUCCUAUCUGUUCUUGCCCUCCAAAACACACUGGAGAUCCAUUUGUACGGUGUAUUCCCUAUAGGCCACAGUUACUAGAUGUUUCACCGUGUGCGCCGUCGCCCUGUGGACCUAAUGCCAUUUGUAAGGAAGUAGCUGGAGCUCCAUCGUGUGCUUGCUUACCGGACUUCUUUGGCUCACCACCUUAUUGUAAACCAGAAUGUAGCAGCAACAGUGAAUGUCCAAGUGACAAAGCAUGUAUAAAUCAAAAAUGUGUAGAUCCUUGCUUAGGUGCAUGUGGUUCUAAUGCAGAAUGCAAAACAAUCAGCCAUUCACCUAUGUGCUUCUGUAGAUUAGGAUAUGUUGGUGACCCAUUUACAAAUUGCAACAUCCAAAGAGAACAAAUACAAGAACAAUCUUCACCUUGUAUGCCAUCACCUUGUGGAUCUAAUGCUAUUUGUAAGGAAUAUAAUUCGGCCGGUUCUUGUUCUUGCUUACCUAAUUACAUCGGAAAUCCUUACGAAGGAUGUCGACCGGAAUGUACAAUAAAUUCGGAUUGUACACCAGAUAAAAGUUGCAUUCGUAAUAAAUGUCAAGACCCCUGCCCUGGUACGUGUGCACCAAAUGCGAUCUGCACUGUUGUAAACCAUCUUCCAUCGUGUUACUGUCCUUCUGGAUAUACAGGUGAUUCGUAUCAGCAGUGCGUCAUUAUAAAAGAAAAAGAAAUGGAACCGGUGACGCCAUGUGUUCCAAAUCCUUGUGGACCAAAUAGUAUUUGUCGUGCGGUAAACGACCAAAGUGUAUGCUCUUGCAUGCCUCAAUAUCAAGGAUCACCUCCAGGUUGCCGCCCUGAAUGUACUAUUAGUUCUGAAUGUCCUGUAGAUAAAGCAUGUAUAAAUCUAAAAUGUACCAAUCCAUGUCCGGGUCAUUGCGGAUUUAAUGCUGAGUGUAGAGUUAUAGCUCACAGUCCAAUAUGCUCUUGCAAAUCUCAGUACACUGGUGAUCCAUUUACACGAUGCUAUUUACAAAUACCCGUACAGGAUACUCCACAAAGAGACCCGUGUCUACCCAAUCCAUGUGGUGAAAAUUCUAUUUGUCGUAAUAAUAAUGGUAUGCCAGUAUGCAGUUGUAUGCCAGAUUUCCAGGGAGCACCACCGAAUUGUAGACCAGAAUGUGCAAUUAACCAGGAUUGUCCAUCUAACAAAGCAUGCAUCAAUAUGAAAUGCAUUGAUCCCUGCCCUGGUAGUUGCGGAAUAAAUGCUCAAUGUACAGUAUUCAACCAUUUCCCUGCAUGUACAUGUCAACAAGGUUUAACUGGUGAUCCAUUCACCCGCUGCUAUGUUAUAGAACCAAUAAAAGAAGAACAACAACCAGAUCCCUGUUACCCGAGUCCCUGUGGAUUCAAUGCUCAAUGUUCAAAUGGCAUUUGCACUUGUAUUGACGAAUAUUUUGGUGAUCCUUACUCCGGUUGUAAACCUGAAUGUAUCACAAGUAUGGAAUGUUCAACAGAUAAAGUAUGUUCUAGAAACAAAUGCAUAAAUCCUUGUCCUGAUAUGUGUGCGCCAAAUGCUGAAUGCAACGUUUACAAUCACAUUCCCAUUUGUACAUGUCCGAUUGGAACAUCUGGUAAUGCAUUUGUCGAAUGUCAUAAAACUGAAAUUUCUGAAGUCAAACCGUGCAGUCCGAAUCCAUGUGGACCUAAUAGUCAGUGUCGAGCUAUAAAUAAUCAAGCUAUAUGCUCUUGUUUGCCAACCUAUAUUGGAAGUCCACCUUCUUGUCGUCCAGAAUGUACAAUAAGUGCCGAAUGCCCCUCCAAUCAGGCCUGUAACAACUAUAAAUGUAUAAAUCCUUGCAUCGGAAGUUGCGGUUAUGAAGCUAGAUGUGAAGUAAUAAAUCAUAAUCCUAUAUGUUCAUGUCCACCGCAAUAUACAGGCGAUCCAUUUUCACAUUGUGCACCUACCGUUUCGGAACCAUUACCACCUGUAGAUCCUUGUACACCUUCACCGUGUGGGCCUCAUUCAAUUUGCAAGGUUAUAGGCGAGGCACCUUCAUGUACAUGUAUGCCAGAUUAUGAAGGAGCGCCACCAAAUUGUCAUCCUGAAUGCAUAAGUAACUCAGAAUGCUCUACAAAUCUAGUUUGUAUAAAUAAAAAAUGCAAGGAUCCUUGCCCAGGCAGCUGUGGUUACAAUGCUGAUUGCGUCGUUAUAAGUCAUGGUUUAAUCUGCACUUGUCCUUAUGGACAAACAGGAGAUCCAUUUGUGUCCUGUAAUCCUAUAAGAGAUUCCAUAAUAGAAUACAAUUCACCCUGUGAACCUUCCCCGUGUGGACUGAAUGCUCAGUGCAAUGAAAGAAACGGUGCAGGUUCUUGUAAAUGUUUAGAGUCAUAUAUCGGCAAUCCCUAUGAAGCAUGUCGCCCCGAAUGUGUAUUGAACAGCGAUUGCAAUCCAACAUUAGCUUGCAUUCAAAAUAAAUGCAGAGACCCUUGCCCUGGCACCUGUGCACCGAAUGGUAUUUGUCAAGUUGUGAACCAUAUACCUUCUUGCUAUUGUCCACUUGGAUUUUCUGGUGAUCCAUACACAUUCUGUAAGGAGAAAAUCGAAGAUGUCAAGGUAACACCUUGUACACCAUCACCAUGCGGACCUAACAGUCUGUGUCGAGAAAUAAAUUCACAGGCAAUUUGUACUUGCUUAGAAAACUACGUCGGUGCUCCUCCUUCCUGUCGUCCAGAAUGUACAAUAAACAGCGAAUGUCCAAGUGACAAAGCAUGUAUUAAUCGUAAAUGUGUUGAUCCGUGCCAAGGACAAUGUGGCAGGAACUCUAAUUGUAGAGUUAUAAAUCAUAACCCAAUAUGCUCGUGCCAGGAACAAUAUACUGGAGAUCCUUUCUCAUAUUGUAUGCCAGUUCCUUUGUCGGUUCCACAACUUGAAGCCCAAAGAAACCCUUGUAUACCAUCACCAUGUGGACCGAAUGCGCAAUGUCAAGAAUAUAAUGGCAACGUUAGAUGUACUUGUCUUGCAAAUUAUAUUGGAACUCCUCCUAGGUGUCGACCGGAAUGCACAUUAAGCUCAGAAUGUAAUGCUGAUAAUGCUUGCAUAAAUAACAAAUGUAGAGACCCAUGUCCUGGAGCCUGUGGGCUUAAUGCGGAAUGUAAUGUCAAUAAUCACUUACCUAUCUGUGCGUGCAUUCCUGGAUAUACAGGCGAUCCGUUCACUCGAUGCGAUUUUAAAUUGGAAGAACCCGUUACAAGUGAUCCUUGUUCAUCAUCUCCCUGCGGGGCUAAUGCGGUAUGCAAUAACGGAGAGUGCUCUUGUCUUCCUGAAUAUUAUGGAGAACCCUAUGUUGGAUGCAAACCAGAAUGUAUUUUGAAUUCUGAUUGUCCUCGCAAUAAGGCUUGUAUAAACAACAAAUGUAUGGAUCCUUGUGCAAAUACUUGUGGAUUGAACGCAACUUGCGAUGUAAUCAAUCAUAUACCGGCCUGUUCUUGUCCACGCGGCACCAGCGGUGAUCCUUUCAAUUAUUGCUCCAUAAUCAGAGAAGUUUACACACCUACCGAUUUGUGCAAUCCAUCACCAUGUGGCCCAUACAGUCAAUGCAGAGAGAUAAAUGGUCAUGCUGUAUGUGUAUGUGUACGAGGCUAUAUAGGUUCACCACCGAACUGCCGUCCUGAAUGUAUACUCAGCUCCGAUUGUGCAUUAAAUCAGGCCUGCUCCAACCAGAAAUGUAUCGAUCCAUGCCCAGGCGCCUGUGGCCAGCAUACAAAUUGCAUGGUCAUUAAUCAUAAUCCAGUGUGUACUUGUCUGCGUGGAUAUUCUGGAGAUCCAUUCUCUGCUUGCCAACCGAUUCAAUCUUCACCACCUAUUCGAGUAAACCCAUGUCUGCCAUCGCCAUGUGGGCCUAAUUCACAAUGUGUCGAGGUUGGAGAUCAAGCUGACUGUAAAUGUUUGCCUGACUUUAUUGGUUCACCACCUGCAUGUCGGCCAGAAUGUACAAGCAAUACCGAAUGUUCCUCUGACAUGGCGUGCAUUAAUAGAAAAUGUCGCAACCCAUGCGCGGGCGCUUGUGGUAUAAACGCCGAUUGUAGAGUCGUCAGUCAUACGCCGAUAUGCUUGUGUCAAAAUGGCUAUAUUGGCGAUCCUUUCCUUCAAUGCACUUUACAAUCAGAACCAACUAUUAUAGAACGACCGACACCGUGUGUGCCUUCUCCUUGUGGAAGCAACACUGAAUGUAGAGAACAAGAUAACGUUGGAUCUUGCGUUUGCCUUCCGGGCUAUUUCGGUGAUCCAUAUGUUUCUUGUAAACCUGAAUGCUUAAUUAAUUCAGACUGUCCGUCGAAUCAGGCCUGUCAACAAAAUAAGUGUAUCGACCCAUGUCCCGGAACUUGUGGAAUUAAUGCUCAAUGCUAUGUUACUAACCACAUACCAAGCUGUGCCUGCCCCGAGCAACAUUUUGGAGAUCCGUAUAAAAUAUGCUCAUAUAAAUCUCACACUGAAAUAGUGGAUCCAUGUAACCCAUCACCUUGUGGACCGAAUAGCUUAUGUAACGCUCGAAAUAAUGUUGCUGUUUGUUCAUGUCAACCGGGCUAUCAAAGCUCACCGCCUACAUGUAGACCUGAAUGUUUAAGUAAUUCGGAAUGCCCACUUGAUAAAGUGUGCGAAAACCAAAAAUGUGUAUCACCAUGUCCUCGCGGCUGUGGAAUUAAUUCAGAUUGUCGGGUUAUAAAUCACAAUCCAAUAUGUUCGUGUAAAAACGGAUACACGGGAGAUCCUUUCUCAGUUUGUAUUGUACUUGAUAUUGAACCAGUUUUAAGUGUACCGACAGAUCCUUGUCUACCUUCUCCUUGUGGAUUAAAUUCUGAAUGCCGCGACGUGGGAGGUAUACCAUCCUGUUCUUGUAAGACUGGAUUCCUUGGGAGCCCACCAAAUUGUAGACCAGAAUGUAUAGUUAACACAGAUUGUAGCAGCGAUAGAGCUUGUUUGAAUAUGAAGUGUCAAGAUCCUUGUCAGGGCUCAUGUGGUUUCAACGCAAUCUGUAAUGUUGUUAAUCACGUACCAGUUUGUUUAUGCCCGCAAGGUUACAGAGGAGAUCCUUUCACAUCGUGCAUAAUUAAAAUUGAAGAACAACCACAAAAACAAGAUCCCUGCAAUCCUUCGCCAUGUGGUCCAAAUGCCCUUUGCAACAACGGAGAGUGCACAUGUCUGCCAGAAUAUACAGGAGAUCCCUAUUUCGGUUGUCGACCAGAGUGCGUGCUCAGUACCGACUGCCCCCUCGACAAAACUUGUCUACGUUCUAAAUGUGUGAAUCCAUGCAUUAAUAUGUGCGGAGUGGGCGCUGAAUGUAAUGUUUACAAUCACGUUGCAGUAUGUAGUUGCCGAACUGGUAUGACUGGUGAUGCCUUUACACAGUGCUUGAAAAUCGACAAACCCUCGAGUAGACCAUGUGAAGCUUCUCCUUGUGGGCCUAACAGUAUUUGCAGAGAUUCUAGUGGACAAGCAAUAUGUGCAUGCAUACAAGGUUAUGUGGGAAACCCGCCUAAUUGUAGACCAGAAUGCAUACAAAGCACUGAUUGUCCACUAUCUUUAGCUUGUAUAAAUAUGAAGUGUCAAGAUCCAUGUCCAGGAUCAUGUGCCCCCAAUGCGGAUUGUAAAGUUAUCAACCACAAUCCUGUAUGUUCUUGCCCGCCAAGAUAUACAGGCUCGCCGUUUACACAUUGUUUUGUUCAAAAAUUAGAGGAGCCAAUAAAAAAUCCAUGCGUUCCUUCACCAUGUGGACCAAACAGUGCUUGUUCAGUAACAAAUACUGGUGAUUCAUAUAUUUGUUCCUGUCAACCCACUUUCGAAGGAACACCGCCUAACUGCCGCCGUGAAUGCACAUCAAGUGAUGAAUGCUCAGCAGACAAAGCCUGCAUAAAUUACAAAUGUAAAGACCCGUGCGUGGGCUCUUGUGGCACAAAUACAAAAUGCACGGUGCGGCUUCACACAGCAAUGUGCACAUGUGAAGAGGGUUAUAGUGGUGAUCCUUUCUUAUCAUGCUAUCAAAUACCACAGAAAUUGGAGCCAACAGAUCCUUGCAACCCAUCACCUUGUGGAGCAAACAGCUACUGUAGAAUAUCAACUUCUGGAGUUGCUGCUUGUAGUUGUCAUGAAGGUUAUUUCGGAAAUCCUUAUGAAGGAUGUCGCCCUGAAUGUGUAGUAAACAGUGAUUGUCCAUAUAAUAAGGCAUGUCUAAAGAAUAAAUGUCAAGAUCCCUGUCCAGGUGUCUGCGGUUCAACAGCAAUUUGUCAAGUUGUAAACCACUUACCGUCCUGCUCAUGUUCUCCUGGUUAUACAGGAAAUCCAUAUUCCUACUGCCACAUUAUAAUUAAGGAAGAAGAAACUACGUCUCGCGACCCAUGUGUACCAAAUCCUUGUGGAAGUAACACUGUAUGUAAAAGUAACAAUGGCCUUGCGUCUUGUUCCUGCUUACCAGAAUAUUUCGGUGUACCGCCUAAUUGCCGACCAGAAUGUACAGUAAGCUCUGAAUGCCCAUCGACUAAGAGUUGCGUUCAACAAAAAUGUGUAGACCCAUGUAUUAAUGUAUGUGGUCAAAACGCCGAUUGCAGAGUGGUUAACCAUGCUCCCAUUUGCUCAUGUCGACAAGGAUAUGAAGGAGAUCCCUUCAUAAGAUGCGCGCUUCUUCCAAAAAUACAAGUAGUGGAUUCGAACCCAUGUGUGCCAUCGCCUUGUGGACCAAACUCAUUGUGUCAAACCAUGAACAAAGCACCAGUGUGCUCCUGCAUAUCUAAUUACAUAGGAACACCACCAAACUGCAGGCCUGAGUGUACUAUUAAUUCAGAUUGUCCGAGCAACAAGGCUUGUAUCAACCAAAAAUGUAAAGACCCUUGCGUUGGAUCAUGUGGAAUACAGACCGUAUGCCACGUCCAUCAACAUGCGGCUAUCUGCAGUUGUUCAGAAGGAUACACUGGAAAUCCAUUUGAAAGUUGUUAUAGUCAAGAAGCUAUUGAACCUAUACCAGAGAAAUAUGAUAACUGUAAUCCUAACCCAUGUGGAGCUAAUGCCCAAUGUAAUGACGGAAGGUGUUCUUGUUUACCCAAUUACUUCGGAAAUCCUUACAUGAGUUGUCGCCCGGAAUGUACACACAACUCAGACUGUGCUUCUAGUUUAGUCUGUGUUAACACUAAAUGUGUCAAUCCAUGUACCAAUCUUUGUGGUAGAGGCGCAACCUGUGAAGUUUACAACCACAUUCCGAUGUGUUCUUGCCCGCGCAAUACAUCAGGCAAUGCUUUUGUCUUUUGUUCUCCUCUUGCAGUUGUCCAAGAAAAUAUUGAUCCAUGCAUACCGUCACCAUGUGGACCAAACAGUGUAUGUAGAAAUAUACAAAACCAGGCGGUAUGUUCUUGUCUUCUGGGAUAUGUCGGAGCUCCACCAUCGUGCCGUCCUGAAUGCGUGAUCGAUUCAGACUGCUCAGCAUUAUUAUCAUGUUCCAACCAGAAAUGCGUCAAUCCAUGUCUCGGUUCUUGUGGUAUUAACGCAGAAUGUAAAAUACACAAUCACAAACCGAUUUGUUACUGCCGUAAUGGAUUGACUGGUGAUCCGUUUAUUCAAUGUUUACAAGUACAAAAUGAACCCAGUAUAGAAAGGAGCCCAUGCGAACCUUCACCUUGCGGUCCGAACUCAGUAUGCAAAGAAUCAAACGGAAAAUCACAGUGUGCUUGUUUGAAUGAAUACAUAGGACAACCGCCUUAUUGCCGUCCAGAGUGUGUAUCAAAUAGCGAGUGUAAUUUCGAUAAGUCGUGCAUAAAUAAAAAAUGUGUGGAUCCAUGUGUGGGCACCUGCGGUCGCAAUGCUGAGUGCCGUGUGGUCAGUCACUCGCCUCAGUGUUCAUGUCAACAGGGAUACCGAGGGGAUCCUUUCAACGAAUGCGUGAUUAUUUCAGUUGCAGUUCAAAACCCUGUAGAAAAAACGAAACCUUGUACGCCAAAUCCGUGUGGUCCAAAUGCUGUAUGCCAAGAACGUGAUAAUUCAGCAAGUUGUGCGUGCAUAAGUGAUUUCUAUGGCAACCCGUAUGAAGGAUGCCGACCAGAGUGUCUGCUUAAUUCUGACUGUCCUCAAAGUCUUAGUUGCAUAAAUAAUAAAUGCCGCGAUCCUUGUCUUGGAUUUUGUGGUAUCAAUGCAAUCUGCCAAACUGUAAAUCAUUCACCUAAAUGUUCAUGCAUAUUCGGAUACAUUGGAAAUCCUUAUGACAACUGUAUCCUUAAAGAAGAAGAACCGUCUGAUCCUUGUUCACCAUCGCCAUGCGGCCCUCAUAGUACUUGUUUGGCUCGAAAUAAUCAAGCAAUAUGUUCAUGUUUACCGGACUACACGGGUUAUCCACCAAACUGUAGACCAGAAUGUGUCAUGAGUUCAGAUUGUGAACUCAAUAAAGCAUGCAUUAAACAAAAAUGCGUCGAUCCAUGUGUGAACACCUGUGGAGAAAAUGCACAAUGUCAAAUACAUCGCCAUAGCCCAUACUGCACUUGCUUGCCUGGUUAUGAAGGAGAUCCAUUUGUACGCUGCGUUAAAGAAAGACCUCAAGUUAAUACUAUUGGAAAUCCUUGUAGUCCCAAUCCUUGUGGACCAAAUGCUUACUGUAGGGAUUCUGGCGGAUCUGCAAUUUGUAAUUGCAAAGAAGGAUACAUCGGUACUCCGCCUCGUUGUGCGCCAGAAUGUACAAUUAAUGAAGAUUGUCCCAAUAAUAAAGCAUGUGUUCGUGAAAAAUGUGUUGACCCUUGCUUAGGAUCAUGUGGAAGUAAUGCACAAUGUAGGGCGAUGAACCAUCUUGCUAUCUGUACGUGUAUUGAAGGAUACCGUGGAGAUCCAUUUGUCGGCUGCUAUGUAAUAAUCAAAGAUACCCCAUCUCUGACAUCUGAUCCUUGUGCAAGAUCGCCAUGUGGAAUAAACGCUAUUUGCUCGAACGGAACAUGUUCUUGUAUUCAAGGCUAUCACGGCAACGCUUACGUGGAAUGUAGACCAGAAUGUACUAGUGAUAAUGAAUGCCUUAAAAAUCAAGCAUGUAUUAAUUACAAAUGCAUCGACCCUUGCAUAAACGCUUGUGGAUUUGAUGCCGUUUGUAACGUAUAUAACCAUAUUGCAAUUUGUGAAUGUCCUAUGCCACUUCAAGGCGAUCCAUUUAUUGCAUGCCGUCGCGUUAUAGCUCCAGCGGUAAGCGAUCCCUGCAUGCCAAAUCCGUGUGGUCCAGAUAGUAUAUGCCGCGCUGAUGGUACAGUCGCGCAUUGCUCUUGCCGGCCACCGACCUAUGAUGAGCCGCCAGCUUGCCGUCCCGAAUGUCGGCACAAUUCUGAUUGUCCCGCCAACCUCGCAUGUCGCAACAACAAGUGCCAAGAUCCAUGCCCUGGCAGCUGCGGCACGCAUGCAAUUUGUCACACAAUGGCACAUUCACCAAUUUGCAGUUGUCCCGUACAAUAUACGGGCGAUCCGUUCAUUCGCUGCUUACCAGCAAUCCAGUCCGAACCAAAAAUACCAUCAGCUUGCACUGAAUGUGGCCCCAAUGCAGAUUGUAUUGGUGGAUCGUGCCGCUGCCGAGACAACUAUUUGGGCAAUCCACCGUUCUGCCGCCCCGAGUGUCUAAGCUCGUCGGACUGCGAGUGGCGCUUCACGUGUGUCAACAAGCGGUGCAUCGACCCUUGCCCCGGCGCUUGCGGCCUCAACGCCCUCUGCACUCCGGCUGCACACGAACCGCGUUGCCAGUGUCCUCCCAACACCACCGGAAACCCCCUUAUAGAGUGUCGACUCGUCGAGAAUAUUCAAAAACUACCAAACGACCCUUGCAAUCCUUCUCCAUGUGGUCCGGGAGCGAUUUGUCGCGCUCGAGGAAGUGGAGCGUCCUGUGAAUGUGAGCCAGGAUUAAGAGGCGACCCAUACACUGGCUGUCGGCCGGAGUGUCUCGCCGACUCGGACUGCUCUCCGACGCGAGCCUGCAUCCGCUCUAAAUGCCGCGACCCGUGUGAGGGCACUUGCGGCGUGGGAGCCGACUGUGAAACCGUUAACCAUGUGCCGUUAUGCUCGUGUCCACCAGGAACGAGAGGAAAUGCGUUCGAAAAAUGUGACGUAGUCAUAACAGCGCCGCCUUGUACACCAUCGCCGUGCGGACCCGGAGCCUUGUGCUCAGUUGUGAACAACAACGCUGUUUGUUCCUGUCCAAGUGGCACUAGUGGAGACGCCUCGUCAUCUGGUUGUCGCCCCGAAUGUGUCGUCAGCUCUGAAUGUCCACGAGAUCGCGCUUGUGUCCGCAAUAAAUGUAUAGACCCAUGUCAAGGAAUUUGUGGCAAUGGCGCUAUGUGUCGUGUCUUCGAUCAUGCACCUAUUUGUUCUUGCCCACCAUCAACCACUGGCGAUCCCUUCAGCAACUGUGUUGCAAGAGAGGUACCCACAACAUCGCCAACCGUUUACGAUCCUUGUGACCCGAACCCGUGUGGCCCGCAUGGAACCUGUCGAGACGGCUUCUGUACAUACCCAGAGUGUAUAGUCAAUGACGACUGCCCUGGCGAUCGUUCAUGUAUAAAUCGAAAAUGUUCCGACCCAUGCAUCGAUUCUUGUGGUGAAAAUGCUAUAUGUACGGGUGUGAGGCACUCAGCUAUAUGUUCGUGCCCUGCCGGCUACACAGGUUAUGCGCUGGUUCGAUGUGAACGUGUUAAAAUAUCUACACCAACAUAUACGCCUACUCCAAGUCCAGAGUGUACAAGAGACGAACAGUGCGCAGACAAUGCAGCUUGCAUCGACUCUAGAUGUCUUCCAGUUUGCGCUCAGAACAGCUGUGGCUUGAACGCACGCUGUAUCGCCAAACAACACAGGGCACUUUGUGCCUGUCUACCUGGAUACGAAGGAGAUGCUUACACUGGAUGCUAUUCUGUCCAAUGUCACAGCAAUAACGACUGCCCAUACGACGAAAGCUGCGACAGCGGUUCAUGCGUAAAAGUGUGUUCCCGCAUCCGUUGCGGUACUGACGCUCAAUGCGUAGCCCGCGGGCACGUUGCGAGCUGCGAGUGUAACUCUGGUUCGCGAGGAGAUCCAUGGGUCGAGUGCCGUAAAGAAGAAUGUACUAUUGACGACGAUUGCCCAUCGUGGUUGGCCUGUCGUGGCAAUACUUGCCAAGAUCCGUGCCCCGGCAGCUGUGCGCCAGGAGCUCAGUGUUCAGUGAUUCGACACAAGGCGACAUGCGAGUGUCCGCGUGGGCAAAUCGGAAACCCCAAAAUACAAUGUCAACCUGUCCUCGAAGAAGUAGAAUGCUCAAGCGAUGCUGAAUGUGGUCCCAACUUGGCAUGUUUGCAAGGAAAUUGUAAGAACCCAUGCGACUCGACAUCUUGCGGUACUCGCGCUACGUGUAGAGUUGCGAACACUCUGCCGUUCCGAACCUUAGUGUGCGAGUGUCCCAAGCCCUUGACCGGCGAUGCUUCCUUGCAAUGCAACCCAAGGGGCGAAUGCAGCGAAGACACGCACUGCAAUGACGAAGAGCGUUGUCUACAAGGUCAAUGUACACCAGCGUGUGAAGCGCAGCUGUGCGGCGCGGGCGCGGAGUGCCGUGCGGUGUCGCAUAGAGCCUCGUGUUCGUGUGUACCCCCGCUACAGGGAGAUCCUAAUGUUGCUUGCACACCGACCGCCGUUGGCAGCAUCUGCCUGUCGGACGUGGAGUGCGGUGCGGCGGAGGCGUGCGUGUCCCGCCGCUGCGUGUCUGCGUGUGCAAACGCGUGCGGUAGCGGUGCGUUGUGUGAAGCUUCCGCGCACCGUGCGCGGUGCCGCUGCCCACCUGGUACCGCUGGCGAUCCUGCUAGAUCGUGUUAUACACCUGAAUGUACUGCAGAUGAUAAUUGUCCAUUUGAUAAGUCCUGCGUCAAUGGAUACUGUCAAGAUCCUUGUGUACUUGGAACGACCUGUGGCCGCAACGCUGUGUGUGACGUCAUCGCUCACGUAGCGACAUGUCGCUGUCCAGCGGGAACUCAGGGUGACCCCCGACGUGCCUGCAUCGCAGCCGCUUGUCAAUACAACGAGGAUUGCGACGAUACUAAAGCCUGCAAUCGACUCAAUCGUGUCUGUCAACCUGUCUGCUCUGAGAACGCAUGUGCUUCUGGGGCUAUUUGUACACCAAUUGGCCACAGAGCAGUGUGCAGUUGCCCGCCCGAUCGGUCUGGCGAUCCAUACCUCCGCGGAUGCGUUACAGUACAAAAUGUAGAAGAGUGUUCAGUGGAUGCUGACUGCGCGUCACCAUUCGCUUGCGUGAAUUCGCAUUGUACUGAUCUCUGUCAAGACAACCCAUGUGAAGCUGGUCUGCUGUGUAGAACUAUAGAUAUACUGCCAUUGAGAGCGAUAGCGUGCGUCUGUUCAGACGGUGGUCGCGCGGCGCCUGAUUCUGGUUGUCGCGCGCCGCCACAAGCGGAAUGCGCGUCUGACUCAGAAUGUGCUAACAGCCAAAUAUGCCGACGUGGAAGUUGCGUCGAUGCCUGCAGAUCUACACCGUGCGGACAGAACGCUCUAUGCGAGUCAGUAGACCACGUAGCGAGAUGCACGUGCCCAGCCGGAUACACUGGAAAUCCAAGAAUUGAAUGUAAUACAGAACCGCGACAACCAACAAUCUACGAGUGCUACAGCGACGAGGAGUGCGGUGCAGACCGGGCUUGCGUAGAGCGCACGUGCGUGAACCCGUGCGCCGGUGCGUGCGGGCCGGCCGCGCUGUGCCGUGUGGUGGACGCAAGGCCUAAGUGCUCCUGCCCUAAGGGGUACACUGGGGAUGCGAGAGUACGCUGCUUGCCGCCAUCACAAGAUUCAAUAAUCCCAGUGGGCUGCAAAGCAAACUCGGACUGUCCUCUAUCACAAGCUUGCAUCAACGGAGCUUGUGCGAACCCAUGUAACUGUGGAACGAACGCUGAAUGCAAUGUAGUACGACACCAUCCAGUUUGCUAUUGUCAACGCGGUUUCUCCGGUAAUCCGUACACCGAUUGCUUUAAAGUGGGCUGUUCUUCAGAUGGAGAGUGUAACGAUAGCGAUAUGUGUUACAACGGAGCCUGCAUCAGUCCAUGCUUAGUCGAAACUCCAUGCGCUAUUAGUGCUGAAUGUUACGGAAGCUCCCAUAGAUCCAACUGUAGAUGUCCUGCUGGAACAAAAGGAAAUCCGUUCUCAAAAUGCCAAGCUUCAGAAUGCGAAGCAAACUCUGAUUGUAGUGAUGAUAGUGUUUGUAUAAGCGGUGUUUGUCAAAACGCCUGCUCUCUCGCCGGACGAAACCCUUGUGCAUCAAAUGCUGAAUGUUUUGCUAAAAAUCAUGCCGCUUCUUGCAAGUGUCCUGCGACCUUACCUUUGGGAGAUCCUCUUGUGCAAUGUGAAAGAGUACAAGUUGUUGGUCAACCCGAAUGUCGUGUGGAUGCGGAUUGUCCCAGUGGCCACGCCUGUCUUAAGGACGAAUGUCGUGACGCUUGCUACGAACUGAAACCAUGCAAAGGAAACUCUCGCUGCUCAGUAUCUGAUAGUAUUCCAUUCCGCACACUAAUUUGUAAAUGCCCUGAAGGAUAUGUUCCUAAUGAAAGUGGAACGUGCGACGCAGUUCAAUUACCACCUUUGAGCUGUGCUUCAGAUAGUGAAUGUAGCGAUCAAGAAUCUUGCGUUAACCGAAUCUGCAGAAACCCAUGUAAUUGCGGUGAUAAUGCUGAAUGCUUCAUACGAAACCAUAGACCCGUAUGCUCUUGUAGAGAAGGCUAUGACGGUAAUCCUUACAGCGCCUGUCGUAUUGUAGGAUGCCGCACAAACUCAGAAUGUCCAUCAGACGAAGCCUGCGUUAACGGCAAUUGUGUCAGUCCUUGCUUAUUAAACAACACAUGUGGAUUUAAUGCUGAGUGCUAUGUAGAAAGAAACCAUCCACUCUGUAGAUGUCGCGUUGGAUUCGAAGGAGAUGCGUAUUCAAACUGUAUCCCUAUUGAAUGUCGCUCGAAUGGCGAUUGUCCACGAGACAAACUCUGCAGAGGACACAAAUGUGUUAAUCCAUGUUUGUCUGACAACAACUGUGGUCGAAAUGCUGUUUGUUUAGUGCGCAAUCACUUACCAGUCUGUAAAUGCGAAAAUGGUUUUAGUGGUAGCCCGUACGUGGAAUGUAGACCUGAAAUAACGGGAGAAUGCAUCGUCGACGCAGAUUGUCCAUCUAAACUAGCGUGUUUGUCCGCUAGAUGCGUAAAUCCAUGUACCGAAUUGCGACCAUGUGCUACACCAGCUCAUUGUGAAGUAUUAGCGACUCUACCCGUACGCACUAUGCUAUGCUCUUGUCCACCUGGAUACAUUAGCGGCGGUGGCGGCGUGUGCCGACCCGCCACUACAAUAUCCGAUGUCGCUUGUGAAGCUGAUAACGAUUGUACCUCAAAUCAUGCUUGCAUAACAUCCGUCUGCAAGAACCCUUGUGACUGCGGCCCCAACACAGAUUGUCAAAUAAGAGAUCAUAAACCUGUUUGCGCUUGCCGACCUGGCUUCCUUGGUGAUCCACACACGGGCUGUUUCUCCGUAACUUGUCGUGCGGACAGUCAAUGCGCCGAUGAUGAGACUUGUAUAAACAACCGUUGCGUGCCAGCUUGUGCAGCGGAACCGAAUCUAUGUGGAGAAUCAGCAGAAUGUUAUGGAGAAGAACAUCGCGCACUUUGCCGCUGCCAAUUCGGAACAUCUGGCAAUCCUAAUAUAGCUUGCUCACCGAUCAGUUGCCGCGCAAACAGUGAAUGUCCACCUGAGAAAUCUUGUAUUAACAACAAGUGCGCCGAACCUUGCACUAUUACAUCAUGCAAAAAACCUGCGGAAUGUCGCGUGCACUUGCACGAAGUCUACUGUGUAUGUCCGCCAGGCUACCAGAGUACUGCAGGUGGCUGCAAUAAAACUGAAGAACGAUGCUCCUCUGACGUGGAGUGUCGACCUGGAACCGCUUGUUUGGACGGAAAGUGUGUCAAUCCUUGUUUAGAAAUACAACCGUGUGGUAUAAACGCGAAAUGCGAAGUAGCGGAUACAAAUCCAGUAAGAACUAUGAUUUGUGAAUGUGAACAAGGUUACAAAGGAAAUGCUCUAUUGGAAUGCACACCAUACAAACCUCCUGUUACAAAAUGCGUCGAUGGUCAAGGUGUAAAUGAAUACGGCGAAUGCGAGCCCUGUACUAACUUGGAGGGCAAAAUAGUAGACGCUCGAGGUAGAUGCGUGUGCGACUCGGAACGUGGUUUUACGGCCAGAGGUGACCAAUGUGUGCCGAUCGGAUGCCGGUCAGACGAUCAUUGUAACGACGACUCUAGAUGUAUCAAUGGUAAAUGCGUGAAUGCUUGCGAAGCCGAACCUUGUGGCUUAUACGCUACUUGUGAAGCAGUCGGACAUCGUUCACGCUGCACGUGUAUAACCGGAUAUAUCGGCAAUCCUAAAGUCCAAUGUAAUGCCACGACUACACCGAACAUAACUUAUAGAACAGACUUCCCAUUACCGGAUAUGCAGGUCCAUUGCUUAGCCGAUGGUGUGAGAGUCAGCCUUAAAAUUAAAGACUUCAAUGGAGUGCUUUAUGUGAAAGGAUACAGUAAAGACGAACGGUGUCGUCUUGUAGUACACACAACGGAAAGCCAAGAAAGCCCUAUUGACUUCACAGUUCAUUUCGGUGACUGUGGAUUGGUUCACGUUAACGGCCUUGCAAGCUUCGUGCUAGUAAUGCAGAAACAUCCCAAACUAGUAACAUCAAACGCUAAAGCGUUCCACAUAAAGUGCAUAUACCAGACGGGCGAACAGAACGUGACGCUCGCUUUCAACGUGUCGAUGUUGACCACUACGGGCACGAUCGCUAACACCGGCCCUCCGCCCACGUGCUCCAUGCGGAUUGUGUCUAGAACCGGGGAUGAGGUCAGCUCGGCUGAGAUUGGAGAGAAUCUGGUGCUACAAGUGGAUGUACAACCGUCGAACAUAUACGGAGGCUUUGCGCGUAGUUGCAUAGCGAAAACAAGCGAAGUAUCCACGAACAUAGAGAACGAGUACACGGUGACGGACGCGGACGGGUGCGCGACGGACGCGGCCAUCUUCGGCGAGUGGGAGCGCAGUGAGGACGGCACCGCGCUACGGGCCUCCUUCAACGCGUUCAAGUUCCCCAGUAGCGAUAAUAUACGAUUCCAGUGCAACAUACGUGUCUGCUUUGGAAAAUGUCAACCGGUUAAUUGCCGCGGCUACGACGCUUUCGGCAAACGCAGAAAGCGAGAAGUUAUCGAGGACGACUCGCUAUCGGGUCGUCUCCGCGAGGAGGUGACGGUGGAAUCUAAUCAAAUACUAACCCUGGAGCGGCGCGACCCGUCCCGCGCGGCUCGGCAGCGCGACGCCGGUACAGCCGGUAGCGGUGCCGCCGACGUGUGCGUGUCGGCCGCCGGGCUGGCCGUGGCGCUGGCGCUGACCGCGCUGCUGGCGCUGGUGGCGGUGGCGGCGGCCGUGGCGUGCUGGCUGGUGGCGUGGCGCCGCGCGCGCCCGCCGCCCGCGCCGCUGCCGCACCCGCCCGACUUCCCCAACCCGCUGUUCCAGCGCUAGGGCGCCCGCUGGCCGGCCCGCCCACUGCCCCGCUCCUGCGGGCCGGCCGCCGUAGCUAGUCUCGCCCCGCUCCUCCGCCGGCGCCGGGCGGUGUCGGCUCUUCUCUAUUCGGUUUCCGCGCCGCCGGAGGACCGCCGGGCAGGGCGCCGCGAGCGCUCCCCUCGCUCGCGCUCGCCGCGCCCUACUUUAUUAACGUUUAUAUUUUAUUUACUGUUUUAUUUCUAUUAACGUCGCCUUCUUUGAACGUUGUGAUAUUCAUUAUAUAAAUAUUCGAAAUCACCAUGAUUUUGUGUAAAAUAAUUAUCGAAUGUAGUUUGUAAGCAAAUAAUUAAUAAAAUAAUAAUAAUAAA